ACCGCUAAGGCUUUCGUGAGCUGUAGUUUUUUCUUUCGCUCCUUUUCUCUCACCGACGCUGGGACGAAGUGCGUCGCGGACUUGGUUUCCCGGCAGCCCUCUCGCUUCCUGGGUCAGAGGAGAACAGCAGUGUCUGAUGAGCCCUAGCUGUGCAAAGUCACGUGUGGUUUCCGUUUAUCUGUUUUUCUGGACACAGAGAGGGUCUACCUCUUCCUCCUCCUUAUAUUCAUUUCGGAUUGUUUUGUCUUCGCCGCCUUCCUGUGAAUUCGGAUUCACUCCGGAUUGCCGGCGCGUUGGGUCCGUCUUGUAAUUAUCAGAUCCCAUCCCUCCUGUUGGUAUAUGAAAGCAUGAGCGAUAACGAUGACAUUGAGGUUGAAAGCGACGUGAGUUCUCGAUUAUUUUCCUUUUUAACUGGGGUGGGGGGUGGUUUCAAUUGAGGUGAGGGCGGUUCAUGUCUUGACAGACCCAAGUUGGAGGAAAUCAUUUAAAAGGACAAUGAUCACUUGUCUGGGAAUUGCACAAAUACAUAAAAUCCCCUAUAAAUUGCUUUAAUCAAACCUUAUUUCAUAGCCCAAUUUUCCUUUUAAAUGUAUAGUACAUGUAGAAAACUGACAUCACAGUCCAGUUCUGUCCUGGCACGGCCAGGGCACACUUUAUUUUGGGAGAUGAUCAGUUGGAAACAUUCUUUCUGAUUCUUCACGUUGUAUGUUCUAUGACAGAAAGAGGCAGGAGAACUAACCGCCAUGGAGAACGUUAAAUACAGCGUUAUGAAUUUCUACGUUUUAAUUUAUUAUAUUUUAGACCUCACAAUAUGUGGGAUAACUAAAUAUUCUAUGUUGUAAUAGUUCACUUUUAAUACAAUAUGAGAGACUACUCAAGGAAAUGGGGUACUCCACAAUAUUUUGGCCGUUUAAAGUCAUCAGUACGGCCUUGAAUUGAUUCUUUAAUUCAAUGCUAUGGAGUUAUAAGCAAUUUUUUUUCCUUCAUAGUAUAUAUUAUCCUUUUUAAGGCUUUUGUUAUUUAAAACUUCAAGGAACGUUGCCGUUACCAUAACAUCUUCAUAGAAAUUAAGUUGUUAUGGUGCCAGGAGCUCCCUGGUGCUGGCUCACCUUUUAAGGGUUGAAACCAUUGUUAAACGUUUUAACCCCCCAAAAGUCUAAGUUCCAGCGCCGAAUCUCCUAGCCUCUCUGUCCUCCUUCUGUUUUCUCAAAAUCAGGAAACCAGAAGGCACUUGCAGAUUCGAUCAGCGACGCCGCUGAUUGCCUGCGAGUGGUCAGCUGGCGCUCUCAGCCAACCAGUGAAUCCCCAUUCAUAAAACUGGCUUGAAAAAGGUACGUUCCUUUUCAAGACUGUUCUACUGAAUGACAAGUGACUGCCUGAAAGUGUCAGCUGACUGCUCUCAGAAAAUCAGUGGCGGCACAGCUCAAUUCUGCAAGAGCCUUUUGGUUUCCUAAUUUUGAGAAAACGGAAGGACAGAGAGGCUGGGGGAUUCGGCUUUGGAACACAGACUUUGGGGUUCAAGAACAGUUUAGCCCUUUAAGGUGAGCCAGCACCAGGAACUCAUUGGCACCAUAACAACUUUAUUUCAGUUAAGUUGUUGUGUUGCCCACACUGGUCCUGUAAAGGAUCAUGUUGUAGAAUUUUUUUGUAGGUAAUGCCGUAUCCUGAAAAGAAACCAUAAUCAGCCCAAAAUCUAACAUUGUAUUAAAACUAUACUCCACAUUCUAAAUUAUUUAAGAAGGCACUCAUUACAAAAUAAGCACUACAGUUCCCUGUAAUGGUUAUAUUGCAUGGUUUAAAGGUACAGUUUAAGUACCAAAAAUCACUUUAUUUAAAGUGAUUUUGGGGCACAGAUGCUUGCCCUGCAGUCUUGCUGUUUGUAACUAGUGCCAUUUCUGAGAAACUGCACUAUUUAAGUUUUGCAUAUCCCAUGCACCUUGUGGGUCAGACAGCCUCCAGGAGCUUUGGACUACAGAUUCAAUAAUCAAGUGCAAAUUUUGCUGGUGUCAACUAUAUAUGUGCAUCCAGUGAAUUUUUUUUUUAUUUUUUUUGUGAAGCCUUGGAUUGAAUGCUUUUUGUAUAAAAGCAUUGAUUAAUUGCGAUAAUUGCCGUGCAUGUGCAGUAUGUCCUCGGUGCUUUUUAAUUUUUUUGAAUAAUAUUUAUUGGUGUUUCUUUUAAUAUCUGUUUAGGAAUGCUUGACAUAAACCGGCAUCCUUCCGCCCCAUUUCAGAUAAACUGAUAAUGCUGGUUUUACAUUUAUGCAAUUAUAAGUGUAAUUUCCAUCAGCCAAUCACUGGAUGGCAGGUUAUACAGGGAUAUGUACUAAAGAUCUGCACAUACUGAGCUUAUCCACUUUGCAGUUUCUAUCAUAGGACCCAGCUUCAGCUGCCAUCAUAGGACCCAUGGCGCCUGGCGGGACAAGGUAAGAGGGCAAACCAUUGUUUGCUCCAGGGAAUAGUGCCAGGGUCAUCACCAUUAUGGCUGGCUGUAGUGUUUAUGAUGGUUGAAGUAACCCUUUAAGUUACAUAGGGGUUAUGUAUAAAAACCGUCACAUUCUUUCAUGUUUGCAUUGCUAGUAUUUUGGUAUAAGUGCACCACUUUCUUAUUCAUAAAACUUUUUUUUUUUCGUGUCUUUCCUAAAUUGGCUUUUUUUUCAAGCCUUUUCUGUAAUGUCAGUGGUGACUUAUGUCCCCAAAAAAUGUUUUCGUGGUUAUUUUACCUUUUUAGUUACAUUCGCAAAAUAAACCAAAUGAUUAAUAAGUGCAAAACAAGCUAGUAAAUUAGGUGGACAGCGCUAAGAAUUAUUGUAAUAAAAUCAUACAUACAAAGGUAGCAGCAGAUUUUGCAAUUAUGUUUCUUACUCUUUAAAAAAAUAAAAAUAAAUUUAAAAAAGUACAAUGAUGGUGCAGUAUAUUAUAAAUAAUCUGGUGAUAAAGAUAUAUUCCAAAGGGGCACUCACGUUUUCCAGAGCUUAAAAAUCUCUAUUUUAGGAGCCUGGACGGAACAAUCCCCGUCUAAGGAUUUCUUUUUGAUAUCAGAUUCCCAAGGUAGUGCGGGUCAUUUUAUGAAAAAAAUAAGAAUGUAUACCAAUGGUACAGUACGUAUGUAAAAGUAGGAUAAGUAAAUAAUAUUAGACCUACUUACAUUUGCUAGAGCAAUGACCUGCUCUAGUGUAUGGAGAUUUAGGUGGAACAAUCCCCACCUAGGGAUAUAUGUUGAUCCGGAACAGCAGAGUGAUGGUGAGAGUAUAAGGAGCUCAAGAGUGACUGGGUUUUAAAACAGAAUCUUUAUUAAUAAACAGUGCAGUUUAAAAGGUUGUUUUUGUUUAAAAAUAAAAACUGAUUACUGGUCACAGAAAGCACGUCACUCUGAAAGAAGAGGCACAGUUUUGCAUUUUUUUUUUUACGUUGGAAGCAACAAAUUUGUGAACCAAUAUGGAACAGGAAAAUAGAAUGAUGGAAGGAGUGCAGUAAGAAAAAUUAUUGCUCAAAUAAGGGAAAUAUGCACUUUUAUGAAAAGCACCAGGAAAACCGCCUACAACAAGCAUGUCAAACUCGACUGAAACCUAUGAAGAAAAAAAAUAAUGUGCGGCCCACAUAAACUUAAACCUUGUUUAUGUGGCCCAUGCUAGACUUAGCAUGGGCCACAUAAACAAAGUUUACGUUUAUGUGGGCCGCACAUUAUUUUUUUUUUCAUAGAAACGUAGGUUUAUUUUUACAUGUACAGUAUAAAAAAAAAAAAAAACAGCACCCCCUCUAGUAAUCCCCCCGCCCCCCGCCUAUAUACUAAAUCCCAGUACCCCCCUCUAGCCAACAAGCAGACUCCACUCACAUAGCCGCUGCCAGUAUGCGACUCUGGAGUCCAGCCUCUGGUAUACCCCAAAUGGCGCCUGUGCCAAAGCGAAUCUUCCCGCUACUUCUUGAAAUCCUGUGAAGGUGGAGCACGUCGAUGUCAUGUUGAAAUGUGGCAUUGCGUGCCUGCAUGCACUUCCAGGUUCUCCACUAUCCAGUCGUAGCCAAUGUCACACUGACAAACACACACACCCAUUAACACAUUCUUGCACUCACUUCAUUUUAUUUAUUGCUCCCUACCUUUUGGGAGCUGGUGUGGGCCCUCUUCUAUCUGGAACUCAAUCUUCCUGUUCUUCACUGCUCGCACGCAGUUUAGUAAUGCCGGGUGCUGGAGUAUGGCGUCAUAUUCCGGCGCCAGGCAUCACUACAGACGGAGUGCGCAGGAGCAGUGAGGAGCAGGAAGGCUGAGCUCCCUCGCUGCCGCCAGGAACCUCUCCUCCCUGGCUGGGUAACUUUUAGCAGAGUCAGCAUUUGCAAUGUGGAGAAAGUAGGUACCUACUCUGCUUUAAAGGAACACUAUAGUCACCUAAAUUACUUUAGCUAAAUAAAGCAGUUUUAGUGUAUAGAUCAUUCCCCUGCAAUUUCACUGCUCAAUUCACUGUCAUUUAGGAGUUAAAUCACUUUGUUUCUGUUUAUACAGCCCUUGCCACAUCUCCCCUGACUAUGAUUGACAGAGCCUGCAUGAAAAAAAAAAAAAAACUGGUUUCACUUUCAAACAGAUGUAAUUUACCUUAAAUAAUUGGAUCUCAAUCUCUAAAUUGAACUUUAAUCACAUACAGGAGGCUCUUGCAGGAUCCAGCAAGCUAUUAACAUAGCAGGGGAUAAGAAAAUCUUAAUUAAACAAAACUUGCAAUAAAGAAAGCCUAAAAAGGGCUCUCUUUACAGGAAGUGUUUAUGGAAGGCUGUGCAAGUCACAUGCAGGGAGGUGUGACUAGGGUUCAUAAACAAAGGGAUAUAACUCCUAAAUGGCAGAUGAUUGAGCAGUGAGGUUGCAGGGGCAUAUUCUAUACACCAAAACUGCUUCAUUAAGCUAAAGUUGUUCAGGUGACUAUAGUGUCCCUUUAACACUAAGCAUGUGCUUGCCAGGCCCGCGAGUUUGACAUGCUUGGCCUACAAAGUGAACACGAUACUUUUUAUACGUAACCUCCAUGUGGACUGCAAGGAAGUAUUAUACUGGUCUGCGUGCGAGCAGAAAAGACACUACUCGGUCACUAGACCACCAGGAAAGGUUAGUGGAGGAUGACUCAGAGCUGCUAUUUAUUUGCUGAUUGCGGAAAAGUGUUGUGUGUAUGUUUGGUUAGUAGGAUACAUAGAACAAAAGUUGUGUUCAAUGUUAAAGUGGACUUUUUUUGACAUACAUGGUUGGGUAGCAAGGUUUCCUUCAGGUAAACAAUUGAAGAGGAACUGUCCAAGGUGAACAAUUGUGUCUUGUGUCAGUGAUUUAAAGCCCUAGAGGGUUAUUUACAAUAGUGAGUAAAUUCCAAAUGAAUGCCAAAGUACCUGAUCUGAAAGCAUAGCUGGCUUAGAGACAGCUACUUAAGUUUGAAUUCUCACUUUAGUAAGUAACCCUGUUAGUGUCCAAUUCCAUGUUUGGUCUCCCUGGUGCAAGCAUGGAUUUACCUCCGUUUCCACCUAACAUGGAAGAUGUUGAAUGUCGUCCUAUGGGACAUUAAACGACAACUAUAGCUUCCCAAGAUAUCAAAUGUUAUGUUUAACCCCUUAAGGACCAAACCUCUGGAAUAAAAGGGAAUCAUGACAUGUCACAUGUCGUGUGUCCUUAAGGGGUUAAAGGGACACUAUAGUCACCAAAACAACUUUAGCUUAAUGAAGCCGUUUUGGUGUAUAGAACAUGCCCCUGACGCCUCACUGCUAAAUUCUCUGCCAUUUAGGAGUUAAAUCACUUUGUUUAUGUACCCUAGUCACACCUCCCUGCAUGUGACUUGCUCAGCCUUCCUAAACACUUCAUGUAUAGAGUCAUCUAAAGUUUAUCCUUUCUUUAUUGCAUGUUCUGUUUAAUUUAGAUUUUCUUAUCCCCUGCUAUGUUAAUUGCUUGCUAGACCCAGCAAGAGCCUCCUGUAUGUGAUUAAAGUUCAAUUUACAGAGCAAGAGAUCAAAUUGUUUAAGGUAAAUUACAUCUGUUUGAAAGUGAAACCAGUUUUUUUUUUUUCAUGCAGACUGUGUCAAUCAUAGCCGGGGAGGUGUGGCUAGGGCUGCAUAAACAGAAACAAAGUGAUGUAACUCCUAAAUGACAGUGAAUUGAGUAGUAAAACCUGAGAGCCGAGUUUUAUAUACUAAAACUGCUUCAUUAAGCUAGUUGUUUAGGUGACUAUAAUAAUAACAAAGUCUUUAACCAGGCACAUUCAGAUUACUCUGGUUUUCAAGUACGUCCUGGAAUGUUACCUUAAAGGGACACCGUAGGCACUGUAUCUGCUUCAUCUCAUUAAACUGGUUAUUGUGUCUGGAGUCCUCUGGUAACAUCAUUUCUUUCAACAUUAAACAGUUUUUAAACUUUUAAUGUUUUAAUGCUAAACAAGAGUCCCCGGCAAUCCAUCCCCUCUAUGCUGCUUUGGCUAAUAAGGAAGUAUUAGCCUGAGCGGCAAUAGGCAUCUGUGAUUGGCUGAGAGUGUCAGCUGACUGCUUUUAGCUUGUCAGAGUUCCAACUGACGGUAUGAAUGGGUAUGACAACAAGGAAGUGUGUAAUCUCUGCCUUAGCUACACAUACUGAAGGGGCCGGACUGUGGGUGGCCAGGGACUCUUAUUUUGUGGCAUACUGCACGAACAUGGUGCAACACUGAAUGGAGGGACAGUGCCAGGGCACUCCAGGCACUAUAACCAAUUCAAAGAGAUGAAAUGCUUAUAGUGACUACAGUGUCCCUUUAAGCCCAACAUCCAGGGGUUGUUACUAUUACCCAAUUUAAUGGUACUCAUUGUAUCUACCUCGGAAGGAUGAAGGGCUCAGUGUUCCUUUAACAAAUAUAUGUAUCUGUAAAGUAUUGCAGAUGUGUAAAACAAUGCUUCUCUUUUUCUUCCAUAUUUGCAAUGUUUACCCUGGCUUUGCCUUGUCUGCACUGGAUUGUUUUGUCAUUUGCUAAAUCUUUAAAGGGACUCUCUAAGCACCAGAACCAUUACAGCUUAAAGGGACACUAUAGUCACCCAGACCACUUCAGCUCAAUGAAGUGGUCUGGGUGACAGGCUUUCAGAGAAACUGCUAUGUUUACAUUUCAGGGUUAAGCAAGCCUCUAGUGGCUGUCUUCCAGACAGCCACUAGAGGCGCAUUUGCGACGCUGGAGGCAUUUAAUGCCUCCAUCACGCAGAGCGUCCAUAGGAAAGCAUUUGCUUUCCUAUGAACACUUUGAAUGCGCUCGUGGCACUUGCUGUGCAUGCGCAUUUGGCUCCGCUGACGUCGGCGGGGGAGGAGAGGUCACCAGCGCCGAGGGAGCCCAGCACUGGAAAAAGGUAAGCUGCUGAAGGGGUUUGAACCCCUUCAGCGCCAUGGGAGGGGGACCCUGAGGGUGGGGGCACUAUAGUGAUCCUUUAAUGUAGUGGUUCUGAUUCUGGAUUGGCUGAGAUUAACCCAAAAGGAUGAUCUAAGCUGGGGAGAUGUUGCAAACUGCAACAAGACUGGUGCGCCGCAAGACUAACGGUAAGUCUGUCUUAUUUUAUUAUGAGUGGGUGCUCACAGGGUUAUGCAACCUUUGGCCCUUCUGAUGUUGUGGACUCAACUUAUUAAUACUGAACUUGAUGGACGUAUGUCUCUUUUCAGCCAACAUCUCCGAUAAUGCUUUUAUGGCCAUAAUGCUGGAAAAGCAUCGAGAGAUGUAGCCCACAACAUCUGGCGUGCUAAAGGUUGUCUACUCCUACUCUAACAUUAGGAAUGUUUGUAUACAUAACAUUAUUGUUCCUUUAACCCCUUCACGACCAGUGACGGUUCAGGACCGUCAUUGGAAAAAUCCCCUUGAGGACCAGUGACGGUCCUGAACCGUCAUAUUGGAAAUAUUUACUCACCCGAUCGCCGUCGUUUCCCCGGCAGCGAUCGGCGUUGCUCCCGUGUGUGUGUGUGUGUGUGUGUGUGUGUGUGUGUAUAUACAUGUACAUAAUGUCAAACUAUAUAUUACACUAUCGGCUGUUUGUCGAAUCUCCCCUUGUCUCUCCAUAUAUACGGAUAUUUUAAGGUAUCGCAAAUGGGUAUGUCCAGUCUUUUAGUAGCCACUUAGUCACAAACACUGGCCAAAAUUAGCGUUCAUAAUUGAGUUUUGCAUUUAAAUAAAUAAGCAAAAUGUACGUAUGGUGUGUGAUUCAGAGAUUUAUGACUGAUAAGUGUUACAAUGUCACUAUUGAUAUAUUUAAAUAUAUAUAUGUGUGUGUGUGUGUGUGUGUGUGUGUGUGUGUGUGUGUGUAUAUGUGUGUAUAUAUAUAUAUAUAUAUAUAUAUAUAUAUAUAAAUAUAUAUAUAUAUAUAUAUAAAUAAAUAAUUAAUUCUUGGCACUCACCCUUCAUUUUUCAAAAAAAUGGUACAUUACUGCCUGGGUGCAAUCCUCAGCGUUUAGAUAUAACAAAAAUCAAUAUAUAAGGAACACUCACAGGUCUUCAUCUGAAUACUGAUUUAUUCUAAGGUGCAAAUUACAUGUGCAAUCGACGUUUCGACCCUCACAGGAAGACCCUGUGAGGGUUGAAACGUCGAUUGCACAUGUAAUUUGCACCUUAGAAUAAAUCAGUAUUCAGAUGAAGACCUGUGAGUGCUCCUUAUAUAGUGAUGUAUGUAUGUAUGUAUGUAUGUAUGUAUGUAUGUAUAUACUCUCAAAAUCCAAACAGGUUAUGGUGGGGAAAAAUUGUGAUUGAAAACCCCUUCCACCUUCAGGUCUGUGGAUAGUUAAUACAAUGUUAAACAAAAAUCUGCACACCAGUCAAGCCAUAAGACUUGCUUUUCCCACAGAAAUCCCAAAUCUGCAGUGAUGUUACAACCGCAAAGGAUUCUGGGUGGGCAUAUGCAAAUUAGUUUAACAAAGAAUCACAUUUUUGCCUCAUUCCAUUUUAAACAUGGAUUCCUUUUAAUCUGUGUUUGCAGUAACUGUGGGAAAAGCAAGUCUUAUUGCUUGACUGGUGUGCAGAUUUUUGUUUAAUUUAUAUAUAUAUAUAUAUAUAUAUAUAUAUAUAUAUAUACUUUUUUUUUUUUUUGAAACCGCAAUCUCCUACUUGUACUUCUACUCCUAUAACUUGCAAAAAAGCAUGUAAUCACUUGGUGUUUUUAAACUCAGGACAACAUUUUGAAUCUAUUUAGCAGGUUUUUUUCAUUAGCUUUUGUAGAUAAGUAAAAGUAAAAAAAAAUAAAGUUUUUUGUUUUGUUUGGUUUUUUUUUCACCAUAUUUUAUUUAUUUUUAAUGUAAAUUAUAUGACAUGAUACAAAUAAUGGGAUGUAAAGAAAGCCCUUCUUGUCCUGAAAAAAAUAUAGAAUUUGUAUGGGAACAGUAAAUGAGAGAGAAGAAAAUUACAGCUAAACACAAACACCACAAAAACAGUCCAGUCCUUAAGGGGUUAAAAAGAGUUAAAUCCUAAACCUGGAUGGAAAAAAAGGCAAAAUAGUAAAUUCUGUGUAUACUUCCUGGAAGCUAUGGGACUUUUCUACACCAGUUGAUCUUUGAGGCUGUUACUAUAUUGUUGUGUCGUACUGUUGACUUUGUAACCAAGACAGCAAGAUUGUCAUAAAAAUUUUAUCUAAAAGGAAAAUUGCUCCAAAUGUUUGACGUGUUGAGGAUGAAGUAGGAAAAUUAGCCAUAUUUUGAUAUGGUGUGCAAUUGUGGAUCGGCAGAUAUUCUGUAUUUUCAGCAAUAUCGGUAUCGGCCAAUAAAGAUGCCAAUAAUGCAGACCAGGACCGCCAUAAGGAUCCUGGGGGGCCCAGCAUGCUCGUACUUACCUUCCCAGCUGCUCACUUCAGCUCCCCUGUCUAACUCUCGCGAGUCCCGCGGCCGUCAGAGCGUUGCCACGUUUUACCAUGGCAAUGUUCAGCGUGGCACGCAGGCUGCAAGAGUUAGACAGGGGAGCUGCUGGGAAUGUAAGUCUAAGUGUGCUGGGCCCCCCAGGACCGCUGCACGCCCCCCAGGGAAUGCCAUAUCCCCCGUCUCUGGGAAGCAGGGAGGGGGACUAAAACCAAUUUUUUUUUUUUUUUACAAAAUUAAAAUGCCUCCUCUCACCCCCCCCCAUUUUAAACACAUUACAUACCUACACACACACACACUCUGCAUUCAUUAUAUACACACACUACACAAACAUGACAUACACCACACAAACACACUGAAUUCAUUAUAUACACACUACACAAACACACUGCAUACACUACACAAACAUACACACACACACUGCAUUCACUAAUCAAAUACUCUCACUGCAUCCACUACACACACACAUAUUGUUUAAAACAUAAAAAAUUCUGACUGGCAUGCAUAUUUUGUGCUUUUACAUUGAUUUAAAAAAAAGCCUUGCAAAAAAUAAACAAACAAUAAACAUGUUCAGUUAACAGUAGAUUUGUGUAGAAAUAGUUUAUUUUUUAAAAAACAGUACAUGUACAGAGUAUUGGUAAACUACCGGCCUGAAAGUUCACAGAUUAUCGGUAUCGGCCCUAAAUAUUCAAUAUCGGUCGAUCCCUAGUGCAAUUAUACAGUUUUACAAAGGGUUUGCCUUUUGUUGUGUCUGUGUAUAUGUAUACAAUUUAUGUGUCUCUAUGAUUCACUCCCUACACAGAACAAGGGAAAACCAUAGACUGUCGGUUUUCAAACACCGUCCUACUAAAAGUACAUGUAUAUGGCUGUAGGAUCAUGUCGUAUACUAAAUGUGUGUUUACCCGUGUUAUUUUUUUAAAUUAUUAUUACAUAUACUUUAAAUUAUAUUAAAUAAUUUUGAGGUGACCGUUGUCCCAUUAAUAGUACAUGUAGAAAUCUACAUCCUGCAACUGGGCUCCUCCUUUUUGGUUCCCUGUCUGUCAUUGUUACAAGCUUGUCCUUUGCAGCUGGCAAUGAGCAUAGAAAAAAAUAUACAGAGAAUGAAAUUAAACAUUGUUUCUAUUUCUCCUCUUCAUUUGAAAUUAUUGCCCUGUAAAGUAUUUGCUUUGUCUGAACUGGGUUAUGAUGUUUUUUCAGAGAGAACUUCACUGGCCACUCCUCAGAUGGCUGUUCGAGAUCCUUCCUGGGUCAUGGCUGCCUAAAAUGCACCCAAACAGUCAGUGUCUCCACCCUCUGCAUGCAGACACUGAACUUUCCUCAUAGAGAUUCAUUGAUUCAAUUCAUCUCUAUGAGGAGAUGCUGAUUGGCCAGUGCUGUGUUUGAAUCGUGCUGGCUCUGCCCCUGAUCUGCCUCUUUGUCAGUCUCAGCCAAUCCAAUGGGGAAGCAUUGUGAUUGGAUCAGGCUACCACUUCUGAUGAUGUCAGCAGACAGCUUGUUUUUCUGAGGCAAACAGCAUGCAUAUAUACAGCUUCAGGCUUGAAUACAGUAAGAUUUUGCUAUAUUUAUGGAGGCAUGAUGGGCCCAGGGGGGCUAGAUGGUGGUGGUUUUAUGGUCAGGAAUACAUGUUUAUGUUCCUGACCCUAUAGUGAUCCUUUAAUCUUGGAAAGUUAUGUUAAAAACAUUGCUAAUUCCAGGUGCGCAUACUAUUGGUGGGUCCUGCAGUUGACCCACGUUUCAUCAAUGUCUGACAUCUGAUUUAAGAACUGCUUUGUACAUAUAUUUAGAUCCGAGGAAAAAUUGUAGCUUUUCCUUACGUGUAUGGCUUUUGUGCCCAUGUCUUUGUUUAUAGUUAUGGACUGCAAUUGCUAUUUUGAACUUUAUGUCUAGGACAUAUCUGUGCAUUCAUUGCAUUGCUAUGACUUAAGGGGUUGAAUUGAUUGCAGAGCUCUAAUUGGUACCGUGAUCACUGCCAGUUUGCCAUCUUAUCAUCUAUAGAUGCAGUCUGCCUGCUUUUCACCCAUCUUAAUCAGUUUUAAUAAAUAGAUACAAACAUCGGUGCAUCUUCUCACUCCCCCUCCUAUAAUUGUUCAUAACUCACCAUUUUUCUCUUUGAUGAGUGAUAAAGUAACCUGGGAUGCUCCAGACUUCUCUACUAGUACUCUUAGGUGACAUAGAAGCUUGUGUUGAAUAUAGUCAUGGUCUGUAACACCCCAUGCUCAUCCAUUUUAAAAUCACAAGUUUAUCAUUGCAUUAUAUGGAUCAAAUGAUUGCCCACGUCUGUUUGUUGCUAACAAUAUUGGUAGGGCCUAUAAAAAAAAAACCCAUCUGUAACUUACCUGAUUCCAGCACGUAUGUCCCUUAGCCGGUGGGGGAGACAUAAUGUUCAUGCGCGGCAAUGGCCUUUCCCAUAGGAAAGCAUUUUAUAGCGUGAGGACAUCCAACAUCGGGUGACCAAAAGUUCCCCAAGUCCCUGUAGUGGCUGUCUGGUAGACAUCCACUACAGGUGGAGUUAACCCUCAAAGGUAAUUAAUGCACCCAGACCAUUUCAAUGAGCUGAAGCUGUCUGGGUGCCUAUAGUGUCCCUUUAAAACACACACAAAAAAAUUGCUUAACCACUGUUUAGUUUACUAGCAUUGCAUUCUUUAGUUUCCUUUCUUUCUGUCCAAAUAUAGAUAGCAGUAAUAAACUGUGAUUGCUGGAUUAGGAUACCAGCAGUGCUCGUAGCUUGACAUUACUAUUCAGUUUUGGAUGGCUAAUGAGCAGCAAGGCCCCAUUAAAGAACCACUAAGUUAACCCAGAACAGUAGGUGGUCUGGGUACAGUGGUCAUGCCAUUUUGUCACCGCAUUGUAAAACCUUGCAGGGCCAAACACACCUAGAGGCUCCUCCCGAUCUACCGAGUAAACCCGGUCAUCUGACAAACUGCAGCUCAUAGGAAAGCAUUGAAUUCAAUGUUUUCUUAUGAGAAGCAUUUGGAUGUGGGCAUGGCAUUGGCUUUGACAAUUAGAUUGAGAACGACACUUGCCAAAUUACAUUGCAGAGUGGCCAGAAGCAUCAAGGGAGUUUUUUCGCUGGAGAAAAAGUAACACCCAUUUAUAUAUCUUUAUUGGUGUUGGGGGUGCACCUCUGAACUAAUUAUAGACUAGGGUACUAUAGCAUUAAAAAUACAGGUUUGUGUUCCUAAUGCUGUUUUAAUUUAGCACGUUUUGCAAAUAAAUUUGUUUUUUUCAAAUGCAGUAUGUGAAAAUAAAUAAAUAAAAUGACCGGAUUUUUCCGCCAUAUGCAUGCACCUUACAUAGUUACAUAGCUGAAAAGAGACCUGCGUCUGUCAAGUUCAGCCUUCCUCGUAUAUGUUUUUGCUGUUGAUCCAAAAGAAGGCAAAAAAUCCAAUCUGAAAUGCUUUGAAUUUUGCAACAAACUAGAAAAAAUUCCUUCUUGACCCCAAAAUAGCAGUCAGAUAUCUCCUUGGAUCAAGCAGCUAUUACCCCACUAAUUAGAAAUGAUGUCCCUGUAUGUUAUGGUUCUGCAAGUAUUUAUCCAAUUGCAGUUUAAAAAUCUGUAUGGACCUAUAUCCUUAUUGCUCUUACUGUAAAAAAAAAAAAAAAAACAUUUCUUUGCCUUAGAUGAAAUCUCCUUUCUUCCAGCCUAAAUGUGUGAGCCCUGUUUAUGAAUAGAUUUUCAGAUAAUGGUUUGUACUGUCUCCGAAUAUAUUUGUAUAAUGUUAUCAUAUACCCUCUGAGGCGCCAUUUCUCCAAACUGAAGAGAUUUAAUUUUUUUAACCUUUCUUUGUAACUAAAAUGCUCCAUUCCUUUUAUCAAAUUUGUAGCUCGUCUCUGCACUUUUUCUAGUACCAUGAUAUCCUUCUUUAGAACAGGUGCCCAAAAUUGCAUAGCAUAUUCACCUUGGGUGUUUGCAAACUGGCAGUUCAUCUCUGUGGUCUUACCUGCUUCACUCCCUGCACAGAAACGGGGAAGAUUAUAGAGACUGACAGUUUUUUUUUUUUAAAACACUGUCUGACCCAACGUGCAUGUCUAUGGCUGCUGUCCUAAAAUGUAGGUAUGAGUUUAUCUUGUGUGUUUAAAGAUUGUGUGUUAUGUAGUAACUGUAAUUGUGGUAGCAUUGUAUGAUGUAUAUGUUUGUAAGGUGACAGUUUGUGUGUGAUGUGGGUAGCUGUGAGUGAUGUUUGUUGAGUGCACAUUAAAAUUGGUAACAAAAUUUAUAGGUACACUCACUGACACUGGCCCCUACAAACAGACGCACAGUGACCCUUACAAACGUACUGAGACGCACAGUGACCCAUUCAAACAUACUGAGACGCACACAACUCUCUCAUUAAGUUGUUCCUUACCCGAUUCUGCCUGGAAGCUUCACUGUGCUGGGAAACAUCUGCUGAUACCUAUCAUCCAUGCCCCUAGCCUGUUCUCCAUGUCCCAGAAUGACUGCCGAGAUAUGACGUCAAUUUGUGUCCUGGCGGCCUUUUAGCUGCCUAAAUUAUUCAGAGGAGCAGCUUGCUGUUGUCACUCCUCUCGCUUUCCCACCAAUCCUUUACUGGCAGCGGUGGCGAACCCACUGGGAAUUCUCCAUCACAACAGAGAGGGGGACCAUGCUCAUGUAGUGGGUGUAUUGGGGUGUGCCUCAACAUACGCAUAGUGCCUUUGGGAUUAAAGUAGUUUGAUAUGUUCUGGCUCUCCCAGGAUGACUUGGGCACCUAUGCAGAAUAAAAAAAUAAAUAAAUAAACCAGAGCACAAAUAUAAUAUAUAGCUUAUGAAAAAAACAUACGCGUCGAAAUGUUGCCCAUUCAUUUUGUUGGCUGAGUUUUGAGGACCUUUACUAUUUGUUUACAAAUAUUAUUAUAGAACUAGUUAUCUGUUGGAUGCAAAUUUAAAAAAAUAAAAUGUUAUGAUUGCUCCACUUUAAAUUGUUGUAUGCCUGCCUGAUGUUGCUUUGGUCAUAACGUUGGUCUGGUUGGCUUAACAUAUAUAAAAGAUUGUUGUGCAAAUGUUCCUGGUUUUGUAAUUACAGCUUUGCGUUUGGUGCAUUAUGAAUUCAUUAUGGUAUCAUCCUUCUUGUUUCCAAAAUAUAUAACUCGUUUGGCUAGUGAUGCAUAUAUUUUUGCAAUUUUUCAGUUUGCCCCGUUUUUGUACCAACCCUGUUAUUACUGCACCUCCCUGCAAGUAAACUGAUUUAAUGAGGAAUGGAAUGCAGGCACGUCAUGCACUCAUUGUUACAUCAACCUCUUAAUGAGUCUGCUGUUGUGACUAAGAAGAUUGUCACUGGAAAGUUGUGUAAAGGGACACUACAGUGUCAUUACUUUUCUGGCUUAUUUUAUAUAAUGAAUCAGACAAAUUCCCUUAGCAACACUGGAAUAUAUCCUGCUUCUCAUGCUUGAACUGUAGUUGAAAGUGGAAGUGAGUGACUUGCACGUGAGAAGCAUUGUUGGCGGAUCUCUGCGAGAAGAAUUGUCUGAUUUGACACUAGUCAUCAGUAUUGAUUUAAUUGGGGCAAAUCGGGCAGGUUUCAAUAACUUGCAGUGUUUCCAUUUCAUAAAUUGCAGUGUUUACAUUUAAUUUUUCCUGUGGAAAAGUUUUAAUGCAUGCGGCAUUGCUGCGAAUGUGCAUUAGGUCACCAUGGCUCACCUAUGAGGAGCAUUGCAUUGGACCACACCUUCACAGGUGUGGGUCACCAGUGCUCUCUUGUGAAGAGAACUGGAUUGGACCACAAGGUCACAGGAGACAGCGCCUCAGCGCUUUUUUCUUUUCUUUUCUAAUUUUCAUGGGAAACUGGGAGAGGGACACUGUAUCGUUAGGAAUAGAUAUUUGUAUUAUUAAUGUAGUGUUCUUUAAAGUAUAGUUUGGCAUCUGAGGUCUGCCGGGUGCCUUCUGCUUCCUCCACUGCAGCCAGAAUCUCUACCACUUAGCCAAGCCGGGCGAUGCAAAGCCACACUCAUUGGCUAACAACUCUCAGGUGGCUUUGGCUUUAUUUUGACUUCCCUGAUUUCUGGUAUUCUUGACUUCUGGCUUUCAUCCGCUGUCCCUGACCUCGGAAAGUAUUUUUUACUAUUCUCCGGUACAUUAAAUCUGGCCAUUCUAAGGUCUGGUUAAACGUUAUCCUUAGUCCUAGGUGUGAUACUGUUCUGCAUGCUGGAUCAAUUAUCCUGACACAUAUAUCAAGUUACCAUUUUAAUAGAUGUAUAAAAUAAUAUAUAUUUAAAAAGGCACUUGAACUAAUGCAUCUCUAAAGUAUGAUGUGUUUUUUUAUUUUAUACAAAUCCCUACAUCUUCUUUAUGAGAGGCUUUGGAAUGGGUGUAGUUCCUGGACAGUGGUCAGGACAAACAAGGAAGUAAGGUUAAAAAGGGUGGACUUUCAUGCUGCGGAAGCCAGUUCUACAGAUGACCAAAGGUAAGUAUUUGGGUCUUUGUAGAGUCGUGGAUUGCUCUACCUGUAAUUGGUAUCUUCCACACACACUUCUUCUAUGUGAUGUUGCUCCGUUACUCCUUCUCAGUAUAAUGCCCAUCUGAAUAAAAUAUUCACCUUCUGUAGUUGCCAGCUGUACUUGACUUCAUAAGUCUCUCUGAACCUAGUAGCUUAGGUAACAACUGAGUGUUCAAGUCUCAUCUUCAUGACAGGAUACAUAUAUUGAGUAACCAGGAAGAGCAUCGGGUUCUGCUUUCCAUUACAUACACUCCCCCAGCAAGUUAAUUUCAUGCUUUGAUUUAGGAUUAUAGUGACUACCUCAUAAGGUGAUACCUUAACCUGAACCAGGCUAUAUACCAGAAAUGUGGCUGAAGCUCAGUGCCCCAUUAAUUACCCACCCCACUGCGUUAUUAAUGUUUAACCCAACUCCUGAUGCUGGAAGAUUGUAGGGGCUUCAGGAAAAGGUCCAAGUAAACUAGCUGGUGGCUAGCGAUACUCGCUCUCCUUUUGCGCUUCAUUGAAUCCCACAGGACUUUCCAUAAUAUUAGUGUGAAGACUACUUCGACCAGCCCCUGAAAUUAAGUUUGAGUGCCACAAUGUCUCGGGAUCAGGGAAUCUAGGAGAUGUUUGAGACCGAUUUUUACUCGGAGAGGAGCAUUAACGUUUGUUGUACUAGGGUUAGAGUUUGGGUGAGACGCUCUGGAGCACUCCACAUAUCUUGUGUAUCACUCUAAUAAUCCUGUUACUGAAUGGUUGGAUAAAUCUACAUCGCUUCAACAUGCAUAGAUACUCGAACAGGGUUGGAAGACAGUGUAGGUCUGAGGAGGUACGACAGAACGUGAGAGUUUGUGGAAAGAGUUGGCUUUCAGACGUUUGCUGAUUAAAAAUGAAACUGGCUUGAAUUAAUUGAAAGUGAAACCAAGGUUUAUUGCUGUUUUUGCAAGUCAUGUCAGCUAAGGCUGGGCAAGUGUAAGAAGCCUAAAGUAAACAAUUUUAGUAGCGUGUCUGAUAUAGAUUGGUUACAUGCAUACAUACAGAUGUAACCUCACGUUCAGACUUUGUUGCACCUGGUUUGCUGUUGAUCCAAAAGAAGGCCAAAAAAGCUAGUGUGAAGUGCCUUCCAAUUUUCCAACAAAUGAGAAAAUAAAAUCCUUUUCCACCCCAGAACAGCCGUCAAAUUUCUCCUUGGAUCAAGAAGCUGGUACCUCACGUGUUAAAAUGUAUAUCUUUGAAAAUUAUUAUUUUUUGCAAGUAUUCAUCCAAUUACUGUUUAAACAUCUGUACAGAGUCCGAUAAAAUCAUCUCUUGAGGCAGAGAAUUUCACAUCCUUAUAUAAGACCAUUACAAAAUGUUGGUUUGGCCAAUGUAAAACUCAAGAAAAACAUUAAUUUGUGAUUAUUGGAUUAUAAAAAAAAAAAAUUAUUUUAUAAAUAACUUGUCCAGCCCUUUGGUCUGUCUAAAUUAAAAAUCAAUGGGAUAUUGUAUGAUCUAGAUCAGUUUUUCCUAUUGCUUGAUGCCCAGGACAUGCAGUUCUAGACAGGCAGAUGAUUUUUUUUUUUUUGUUUGUUUGUUUUUUUCCUUAGGUUUAAGCUCUGUUGCAGGUAACUUGUGGUCUGCACAUGUCGUGGGUGCAGACCAUAGUAAGCACUAGGCAACUGCUAAACAUGUGCAUUCAUUGUGCAUUUGUUUGACAACAAAUCAAAUGAUUCAGGCAAACGACUGAGAAUUCUAAAUCCCAGUCUCGAAACAAUUUCCAAUAGGAACAAAUUAAAAGGCUUUGUUUCAGACAAAAAUUGAUUAAUUGUCAAACUAAUUAAUUUGUAAGGUAGAAAUUACUGUGGCUUGCACCGGCCAAAGGUGCAGAGUGCAGACCAGACUCUCCCACACUGAACCACCAUGGAUUUUAACCCCAAUUGGCCAACAUUUAAAAGUGUGUGUGUGUGUGUGUGCGCGCGCGCGCGCGCUGUAUUUUGCCUCCUUCCCGCUUUCUGGAGAGAGUGAGCCAAACCAGAGCAUGCACACCACAUCCACGCUUAGGGGGAAUAACCCCUUAUUACCAGGGGAGUUGUAACCUGUAAAUGAGAAGAGAACGAUGCUGGACUUAAAUAUUUUUAAAUAAAUUUAAAGUCGAUGGAAUCUGAAUUUUGAAUCUUUAUACAUCCAAGGAAAACUUUGUUAUUCAGGAUCCACUAAAUGCUGCCAGACCAAUGGCAGGUUUGGCUGAUAAAGAAAUAAGGUCAAGGGAGGGUAGAGAUGAUAGAGAUCCAAUGAUGGGGAUCAUUGAGCCCCAUGAUCUUCCUUAGAGGCAUCUCUUUGUAAUUGCAUAUAACUUGCAAAGAUUCAGUGAGUGUGUAGUCCCUGUUUAUUUCCAGUGUUUGGCUAUGUUCGUUUUGGGUGCAACCAAAAUUAGUAAAAACAAAUGUUUAUCCAGUUUACUGAAUUUAGUGGGAAGCACGUCAAGCAGACACGUUUGUGGGAGUCAAGGUCUUUCCUUCCAAAAUUGUCUAGAAAUUUGCUUUCUGAAGAAUUACAUCUCUAACGGAUUUGUCUAUUACUGUCGCAAAAAUAUAUGUAUUGAGCCAGCACUUCUGGAUUCUUUAAAAUUCUACCGUUCUUGAAUUUCAAAAUUACAUAUUCGACAGUUCCUAAGAACAUGUAUAUGAACUAAUAUAUAUAUCACUUUCUGUCAUCUUUCACGUGGCUGAUGUCUUGAUAAAUUUCUCCGUAUGAGACUGAAAUGUUGAUUGUAAAUUCAUCUUUGGAUUAAUUAAAAUAGAAUUUAGUUGAUUUAUUUAUGUGCCUCAUUUCGAUAUAUAUAUAUAUAUAUAUAUAUAUAUAUAUAUAUAUAUAUAUCUCUAUCUAUCCCUGAGUGCCGGACCGGGGACAUACAAUAAGAGAUCAAUGUGCUUGGCUCUUGCAGAUACAUACAUACAUACAUACAUACAUAUAUACAUAUAUACAUAUAUGAUGAAAGGAGAACUUAAAUGUGUUGCACUUUAAUUUACAUUUUUUUUUUUUUGCUGUUCUAUCUUUUAAUUACAGGCAGAUAAAAGAGCUCAUCAUAAUGCACUGGAGCGCAAGCGCAGAGAUCAUAUCAAAGACAGCUUCCACAGUCUAAGAGACUCAGUACCUUCACUCCAAGGAGAAAAGGUUGGUACAAAUUCAUGAAAUUAGAUCCAUGUCUUAACUUGCAGCACUAAAUUACAUUCGUCAACAGUAAUGCAAAGAUUUUCAAUAAAUGCUCUAUUCAAUUUCCUUCCAGCUUACUUUUCUGAUGUCUGCAAAAUAAGUAUAUGGGAACACGGUAAUUAAUACCGUAUAAUAAUAUUCAUCUAACUGCUAAAUGUUUCAUGCAUACUUGUUGAUAAAGCUGGGCUAAAUUCCACCACUGUCUGCCAGUGAUUGCCAUCCAGGUUUGACAAAUUGAUAAUGGUAAGUGUAAAUUCAACAUUACCUAGCCUUGUUUUUUUUGUCAAUGGGUUUGACAAAAAACUGAGACAGUGUUUAUGGCAUUUCUACUUUGACCACUGAAGUGGUUAUGGUGCGUAGACUGCCCCUUUUAAACUCGGAGAGCAGGAGAACUCUCCUAGGCUGCUCUCCACAACAACUAUAUUAUAUGUGUAGAGCCACUUGCUAGAGGAAGUAGUGUCUUGCCUAUGGUUCCAGGUAAUUACAUUCCUAGAUUGAUACAUUUACAUGCUCCCGCACAGACUCUUGUUCACCUACACUCCAUCAAAUACACAUUUUAUAUGUAAUCUCUACGUAUGAAUAUUUCUUAAUUGCGAUUUUUGAACUCUGUUCGACCACAUGAUCCUCACAAAUCGAUGCAUAAGCACAGAGAUGGGUAUUCUGGAAGCCAGGGCACCUAAUAGGGGAUUCCAGGUCUCUUUGCUUAGAUAGCCGUCCUACGAGGCCAACUCUCGUUCUCCCACUUGGAGGUAUUUAAUCUAUAGACACAAUCCAAACUAGAGCCUCGCUCAGUGGCACAGGUAUCCCUUAUCAGUCACAGCCAUCUUAUCUUGUAGCCUUUAGUUUUCACUGAGAGGCUAUUACCGCGCCACAGUUCUCAAUGGCCUCACUGCUCCACGUCCAAAUCAUAGAGCUUCUCUUGCUACCAAAUCCCUAAUAUUCCUGCAGAAUUGCAGCGUUGUACUAUUCCAUUUCCAACUAGACCCAGGAGCUAUUCCGGCUGAAAUUGCAGUCAGAAACCACCAUGUCCUGGUACCAGUGAAAAAGGGUGCAGAAAAUUACUUAUUUAACUUUCAUAUUGGCGCCUGCAUGGAGUGAAGUGUCAGGACCAGUACUAUUUCACUGUCAGACUCACAUUUGGGACCACGAGCACUCCAAAACGUUUUGAUCUCUUUUCAGAAAACCUGUACUUGGCUGUUAAUGCCGCAUACCUGAAUGCCUUCCUUACAAUCGAAAAGGACAAGUUGAUUCCCCAUAGUAUCGAAGCAACUACAGCUCCGUUUCUUGUAGGGGUUCCAAUAUCCAAAGAUUAAGCAGAAGCUCCUAGUUUUUUGAUGGAAUUCAGUCAACAUGGAAGCCAGCGUCACAAGGGCAAAAAACAAAAAGGCCUGCUACUGCUCAUUUAUGGGAAGGUCGGCCAGUUAGAUGCUUGUCUGAUAAUAAAGCGGCAUGCAACCUCUUUAAAUAGGGACAUUAGCCAUCCCUCACUAAUUUGAGGUUUAUUGGGAAACUGACUUGGUCAGGCAACAGAUCAGUUCUAUAUUACUUAUAGUUAUGUUCUAGGGGCUCCUAGUGGAGCUGCUGAUGCAUUAUCACGCUUUACUUUUCAGGAAAAAAAAUUUCAAACUAUACCUCACAGCAUCGAAUCAGGCUACAGAAUUUCAUAAACUGAUAGCAGGACACUGGCACAAGCCGCAAUUUACCUUCCUACUAAGCCACAUUGGUGUUAAUUUGUUUCUUUUAUAUUUGUUACCUAAUGGUAUACACGGAGAAGUGUACAUUUCUAAUAUUUGUUUGAAGAUAUUCCAUUUAUUCUCAGUGUUUUUUCAGUAAAGAGUUUGACAAUCAGUAAAGUCCCUAGGUAGGGAGCUUAGCCACUGAACAAGUCGGAUGCACACUCGAUGGGCUCCGUACAAACAAACAAUAAAAUAGCGGAUUUCAGCAGCACCUGGGGCUGGACAGACAGCCUUAAUUAUCACGAUGUAGCAGCAAGUGAGAUUUCUGGCGCUUGUUUCUUAUGUGUACAGCAGCUAAAGCUGUCCCAAACCAGAGUCUCUUCUUUCUGGUCAUUGAUUCAAGCAAAGCGGGGGGUGUAGGGAAGCAGCGCUUAACAAUUAAAAUCCUUGUGUGGAGUCCAAUGGAGCCAAUAUAAGGGAGAAAACAAAAUGGGACAGGAAUACUAAUAUAGUGUAGCAUGUCUAUAACAGCAGAGGCAGAAUAUAAGGAAUAAAUAUAUUGCACUCACACUUUUCUGGAGCUCCAGAUCACAGCGUAUGGACGGUACAAUCCCCGUCUGUGGAUGUUAGGAUGGUCCUGAUUAUCUCUGGUAUCGUAUCCCUGUGCCAAUAAUCCAUGUGGUGUAUUCGAGAUGAUGCUCCAGUGAUGUAUAUAGGAUAUAAAAGAACAGGAAUAGUGUUCUCUGUAUUAAUAAAACAAAUAAAAUAAAGAGAGAGAGAUACUCACAAUGGAUGAACAAAUAGGGAUUGCUCGGUCCUUUACAGCAUAGGUGGUUUGUCCCCCACCCGGGAAUGUGAGAUACAGCUUCUCCAAUAAAAGAUGUCCAGUGAAGGUCCAGGGGUGCAAAUGCAGAUUUUUAUUAAACAAAUAAAAAAUAAGUAACACACUAAUGCGUUUCACCUACACAGAAGGCUUUUUCAAAGUGUUACAGAGUAGGGGACCUUCACUCUUAAAUACCUAAGAAAUAAAAAAAUAAAAAAAAAACUGUCAGAUGAUGUCACUGAUCAUGUGACCUGAACAUUAAUUAACUUUAAAACAUAAAAUAACACCAAAUUAAUUAUCACGCCACUAUAAUUUAAGUAUUUUCCCCUUGAACUGUACCAGCCUGUAUCAGACCGAGGGGAGUAAAGAGGGAGAAGCUUAGGGCUGCCGGCAGCCGCAAUUAGGCUGCUGGAGGGAGACCUGUCAGUCUCCCUUCAAAAUUUACACUAAUUUCGGCCGCAAACCUUCCCCAGCAUGCAAGCAUCCGGCUCCUGAAAAGAAGUUCCGCCUCCUGCACACAAACCACCCAGAGAAAACGAACCGGUGACAGCAGCAAUGCUCACUGAGGUGCUGGGCAGCAUCCAUAAACCCUGCAGGCAGACACUGCCGUGCUGCGCAGUGACCUCAUGGACAUGGUCGGCCGCCUAGGAGGGGUGGAAAACUCUGUGACUCACCACACGCAAACCAUCGUAGACCUCCAGCUGGAAAGCCAAACUCUGAAGAAACCACAAGCUCUAUCAGACCAGCGGUUUGCCAUGCUUGAAGACCUUGAACAACCUCAAGGUCAGAGGGGUACCAGAGGAGGUUCCCACAGCAGAGCUUCUGCACUUCAUAAAGCGACUAAUAGGAACACUGUUGGCCCCAAGGCAAGCUAACCUUUGACUGGAUAUUCAGAGUCCCAAAACCUUGAGCACCUGGCACGGCCCCGCAAAUUUUACAACAACGUCAACAAACAAGUAGUGCUCGCUACCCUCAAGGGGAAGGUGCCCUAUUCUUUUGAGAACACAUCCCUAUAGUUUCACGCUGACCUCUCGAGGGGGACACCUUACAGUGGAGGAGGCACAUGCAGCCAGUCACUGCCCUUCUAAGAAGCCACAACAUCCAAUACAAGUGGCGAUCUCCAAGAGCACUACAAGUGUGAAUGCUCUACUGAGUCAGCUGGGACUCAACCGGGAACCAGAGGAACAAAUCCGGUUACACACAGCUGGGACCCGACACAAGUCAGGCCGUUUAUGCCGCAGAGUGCACAGUCAAAUGCCUAUGCCACAGUCACCAACUGAGAUGAAAUGACUGGUGCCUGAUACAAAUUUCUCUCCUACCCAGGACUGAUGUUAAAUGCGGUUCGAAGUAGAUUUUUCUUUGUUUGAAGUUUUGUUUUUGUUUUUUAUAUAUAAUUUCAUCUCAUUAGCAAUGACCAAGCUGCCCGUAGGUACCGUGGCCCACAGCCAGAUGCUCCCACCCCCUACACUCACACCACCUCAUUACCCACAAACAAACCUUAAUCAGCCAUGCCUUAUGCAUGUCUGAGUUUUAAAAGACGACUUCCAGCAAACCUGAACAGUGCUCAGAUUCCCCCCCACCCCACCCCAAGUUCCUUACUACAUUUAUAGAUAGAAUCCCACACACAACUUUAGAUAAUUCCAAAUAGCAGCUGCAAACACUACCCGUAAUGAGCACAAUCCACCUUCUUAACUCCUAACACUCAGUCCUUCUCCAUACUUCUGCUCAUUCUCCUUUCCUCUAAUUACCUACCCAUCAGAGCAAUGCUCUAUAUUCUCCUCUUCUCCUUCUCUCUCAUCUCCCUCAGGAUCAAAAUAUUCCCCUUCCACCCACUUCCCUCAACAACACACUCACAUUUACAUUAAUCCCUCUCUGCUACACUCCCCUCCCCCCUUCUCUCAUUUCUCUACUCUCUCUCUCCUGCUCUAACCCAAUCUCACCCUAGUUGCCGCCCAUAUAAAACCCUUUCACACCUCCAGUCUCUCUCUCUCCUCCUACUUCUUGCAGCUGGUGACGUCUCUCCCAACCCAGGGCACCUCACCUCAUCUGCUCACACUAAAAUAACCAGAAACCAUGCAAACCUCUUCCAAAUACCCUGCAGUUUAUCCUCCCCUACCAAAAUUCAGUGUGCACUCUGGAAUGCUUGCUCCAUUUGUAUUAAUAUCAAAUUUACAGCUAUACAUGCCCUCAUCAUCUCUAACUCACUCACAAUACUGGCACUCACUGAGACCCUGCUGUCCCCAUCCGAUACCGCUACUCCUGCUUCUUUAUGUUUCGGUGGUCUACAGUUCUCCCAUACUCCUAGACUCGACUGUAAAGGAGGUGGUGUAGGUAUCCUUCUCUCCCCUCAAUGUACCUUUCAACCUAUCCUCCCUGCCCCUGCCCUAUCCUUUACUUCCUUUGAAGUUCACACUGUACGCCUUUUUAAGCCCACUCCUUUAAGAAUUGCCAUCAUCUAUCGCCCCCCCAGUCACCCUAAACUAUUUAUUGAACACUUUUCCUCCUGGUUACCCCACUUUCUUUCCUCUAGCACUCCCUCUCUCAUACUUGGGGACUUCAAUAUCCCUAUCAACAAGCUCAACUGCCCUGAUGCCUCUCGUCUGCUCUCUGUAACCUCCUCCUUUGGACUCACACAGAUUUCUUCCUCAGCAACUCACACUGCAGGACAGCACUCUUGACCUCAUCUUCACCAAUCUCUGUACCACCUCUGAUCUUGCCACUGUUCCAUUUCCUUUGUCUGACCACCAUCUGCUAACAUUUAACAUCUGCAUACCCCAUACCAAAAUUUCACCACUAUCAACUCUCCAACCUCGCAGAAACCUCAACUCCCUCGAUCUCCAGCACUUCUCCACCAAACUCCAAACACUCCUUUUACCCAUCUCAAAUCACAACUGCCCUAACUCUACAACUCCACUCUCUCCUCUUGACAUCAUGGCACCUCCUACAGUUAAACGCAGCAAGUGCCCCCAACUACAACCCUGGCACACACCAAGCUGACCCGUUACCUCCAAAAAUGUUCCAGAACUGCUGAACGCUGCUAGAGAAAGUCUCCUGCCAUCCUAUGCUCAUUUGCACCUGCUACAGCACAAGAGGUUUCUGCUCUGCUCCUGUCCUCCUGCCCCACCACCUGCUCCCUCGAUCCUAUUCCCUCGCAUCUCAUCCGCACUUUGUCUCCCUCUCUUGCUCUUCCUCUCACUAACAUUUUCAAUCUCUCCCUUUCCUCUGGCACAUUUCCCUCUGCCUUCAAACAUGCAACCGUAACCCCAAUUCUGAAAAAGCCGAACCUUGAUCCCAAUUCCCCAUCCAACUACCGCCCUAUCUCGCUACUGCCAUUUGCCUCCAAGAUCCUCGAGAGAGAGUUGUCUACGCCAGAUUGACAGACUUUCUCGAAUCCAACUCUCUGCUUGACCCCCUUCAGUCUGGAUUCCGCGCUGGUCACUCUGUCGAAACUGCUUUGACCAAAGUAUCCAACGAUUUAAUUGCUACUAAAUCACGCGGCCAAUACUCUAUCCUAAUCCUCGUUGAUCUUUCUGCCGCCUUUGACACUGUUGAUCAUCAACAGCUUCUUCACAUUCUCCGUAACUUUGGUCUACGGGAUACUGCUCUCUCCUGGUGCUCCUCCUACCUCUCACAGUGCUCUUUCAGUGUUUCGUUUCUCUGGCUCUGCCUCUACUCCCCAACCCCUCUAUGUCGGCGUCCCCUAAGGUUCUGUCCUCGACCCACUACUGUUCUCUAUCUAUAUACUGCCUCCCUUGGUAAACUCAAUAGCUCCUUUGGCUUCCAAUACCAUCUAGAAUGCAGAUGACACGCAAAUCUACCUGUCCUCCCCUGAUCUCUCUCCGCCCACCUUGACUCGUGUUUCUGACUGCCUCUCUGCUAUUUCCAACUGGAUGGCAGCUCACUUCCUUAAACUCAACCUGUCCAAAACAGAACUUCUAGAUUUUCCUCCCUCAAAUGCUGCUACUCCUGUGUCUGUCUCCAUCCAAGUCAACAGCGCUACUAUCACCUCUACCUCCCAGGCUCGCUGCCUAGGGAUUCUUUUUGAUUCUGAUCUCUCUUUUACUCCCCAUGUCCAAUCGAUAGCCAAAUCCUGUCGCUUCCAACUCAAGAACAUAGUGCGCAUCCGCCCAUAUCUAACGCCGGACGCGGCUAAGGUUCAUGCUGUUGUUCUCUCUCGCCUUGACUAUUGCAAUCCCCUUCUCACCGGUCUUACAUGUACCCAGCUUGCACCGCUGCAAUCUAUAAUGAAUGCGGCUGCAAGGCUUAUUUUCCUGUCCGGUGGCACCUCCCACGCCUCCACGCUCUGUCAGUCCCUGCAUUGGCUUCCAGUUAGAUAUAGGGCCCAAUGCAAAAUUCUGGCGCUUGCUUACAAAUCCCUACAUAAUGCUGCUCCAACAUAUCUAUCCUCCCUCAUACACAAGUAUGUCCCGUCGAGACCCCUGCGCUCAGCCCAAGACCUACGCCUAUCCUUUGCCCUGAUCCCCACCUCUGAUGCUCGCCUUCAAGACUUCUCCAGGGCUGCACCUAUUCUGUGGAACUCCCUUCCCUCCUUAAUCAGACUUUCACCCAGCCUCCACUCCUUCAAAAAAUCUUUGAAAACUCUCUUCUUCAUUAAAGCGUAUCAAUUAAACUGUCAGCAGGUUUCUCAUCCCCCACCCCAUGACUCCGUUCCUGCAACUGUCAAAAAUGACCUACCAAUCACUCAAUAAACCCUUCUGUAACAAACUAUUUAAUUCCCCUACUUUAACCCUUUGUGUCACUAUACCCCACUCCCUCUAGCAUGUAAGCUGAUCGAGCAGGGUCCUCAACCCCCUCUGUUCCUGAUCUCAAUUAUGUGUCUUACUCCACCCGUUGUACAGCGCUACGGAAUUUGUUGGUGCUAUAUAAAUAAUAAAAUAAUAAUAAUAGUAAUCAGCCAAGUGGAACCAGGGGGUGUAACUAGACUAAUUUCAAAGGCCGGUUACUCCGAGCCUUCCCUCUUAGUCGUGCUGUAUCUAAGCCAGACAACCGGCACCUUCAUGUAGCGAUGCCGACUAGACAUUCCAACAGACCCAAAUGGUUAAAUGGCUAUACUUUCAUAGCAUUAACAGACCCCACACUGUCCCCACUAGAAAUAACCAACAGUAGCCCAACAAAAGGCCGGUUAUAAGGGCGUAGUCACAGAUGUCCGUACUAGUCCACCUAUAAAAAAAAAAAAAUCCUCUACUCACAGGCCCCUUAUAUAGGACAUUACAAAUGUUAAACCUUGUUUAUGCAAUUAUAUGCUUUUGCAGUAUUGUAUGUCUCAAACUUUAUGCACUUGCCCACCCACGCUUGUGAGUGGAGCAAAAAUAAAGAAUUUUCAAGAAAAAUAAGUCCCUAGGUAUGAUUGCUUAUACAAUUCCGGCAGGGGACUUAAGAGAACGUUGCACUUCUUGCAAAUUUUCUGAUAUGUGUGUGUGUGUGUGUGUGUAUGUAUAUAUAUGUAUAUAUAUAUAUAUAUAUUUUACACACACACACACAGUUAUGUGGAAAACAUACCACAGGUACAUUUACUUAGGAAGGAUUUAAUAUCCUUUAGCGCAUGGGAUCUCCUACCUCUACUGUAAACCAACGUGGCUAACACACCACCGGCCUUCAUGAUUAAUUUGGAAACCUUCUUUGGAGAAGUCUUUUUGGAGUCCCAGCGGGGGGGGAAAAAUUUGUGACCUUACGCACACUGCUUAAUCUCCAGUAAUAUGCAGGAGACAGCAUAUAAAUUGCUAUCUUGCUGGUAUCACACUCCUAAGUUUCUAGAUAUGAUAGAUUCCAGUUCCACUAAUGAUGAAUACUGUAGGCAAUGUUUCCGGGAUGAGGGCAUGUCUCCUGAUCCAGCCGUUCUGGUAGAAAAUACAUAACAUACUAAAGAGCUUCUUGGAUCUAUGCGCCCCCUCUCUUUUUAGGCCAGCACCCAUAUUGUUACAUCACACGACCACAGCUACCUCCAGCUAUAAAAUGUCCCUUACCAUUCGGAUUAUUAAUGUAUCCAAGCAAUUGGUCCCACUGUUCUGGGACAACAUGUCCCCCCAUAUCAGUGCAACUAUUGCCUUUUAAAAUAUGAUGGAAGGGUUUAACACAAUUUCUCUGUUUAUUUAAAUCCCUCCUCCUUGUGCUCGCUGUUUUAUACCAGACUUCUUGGUAAUUGUUGGGGUUGGAUUAAUAACCUGGCCUGAUAACUAGGUCCGCAUUUAUUACUAAGGUAGCCAGGCCUACAAUCCUACAAUAUGACUACUAGCAACAUAUGAUUAUUAUAUGUGAGCUUAUGUUAAUAUUGCAAACUGCUUUCCUGCCUGUGGACCUGCAUGUCCAAUUGUGUAACUUGUAUUGCAUGUCCUUUUUUUUUUUUUUUUUAACCAAAUAACCUAUUCACGCCCAAAAGUCCCUCUAUCAUAUAUAUUGCGGAUUUUAAUUAACUGGAGAAAAUAUAUAUAUAUAUAAUCUCCAGUUAAUUAAAAUCCGCAAUAAUUAAAAUGUUACCCAAUUUGAUGUUUUUCUUCAUUAUCAAUAUUAGGUGGCUUAUAACCUAUAAUUCAACCAAUAAUCGAUUUAUCUUCUUUUGCCCUGAGCAGAUCUCUACCCAUGAGUCUUUAACAUUUUUAUCACCACAUACCACUUGCUUAAUCUAGUUACAUAGUUUAAAAGAGAUGUUUGUCCAUAAGGUCAACCUUUCUCACAUCUGGUUUUGCUGUUGAUCCAAUUUUUUUAAUUUUUUUUUAUUUUAUUUUUAAGUGAUUCCAAUUUUGCAACAAAUUGGUUAAAAACAUCCUUCCUGGCUUUAAAAUUGGCAUUCAUAUCUUUCCUUGGAUCAAGAAGCUAUUACCCCACAAUUUAAAAAUUAGAUUCCUGAAUAUUACAAUUUGCAAAUACUUAUCCAAUUUCUGUUUAGACAUCUGUAUAGACUUUGAUAAAACGCCUCUUCAGACAGAGAAUUCCACAUCCUUAUUGUUCUUGCUGUAAAAAAAUAAACCUUUCCUUAGACCAAAUCUCCUUUCUUCCAGUCUUAAUGUGUGACCCAAUGCCCUGAUUAUGAAUAGAUUUCCAGACAAUGGUUUGUAUUGGCCUCAAAUAUAUUUGUAUAUAGCUAUCAUAUGCCUUCUUAGGAGCAUUUUUUCUAAACUAAAGAACAACUACACACCAGAACUAUACAUUCCAGAACAACUACAUUAAGCUGUGGUUGUUCUGAUAUGAGCACCCUUCUGCAUAUGGUUAUUAAUGUUCGGUUUCCACACUCUCAUCCUGUCACUAUCCUGAAUGUUACCUGUUUAGCUAUUCUGCAUUUAUGUCUAUGGUCUGCAAGUUUUGGGGUUUUUUCUGUUUUUUUUUUUUUCUCCUUGUUCAUUAUUGAUAUGAAAAAUAAUUUUAGAAAAAAUUGAUGGGAAAAAAAAUACAGUUGGGACCGAGUGACUGAGUUAAACUAUGCUAUUAUAAUUAUAGUACCUAAACUGGCAUAGAGAAGCCUUAAACGCUUGCCAAAAAAAGAAGUUAUCUACCUGGUCAAUAACAGAAGAGUUUUCUAUGUAAGGAAAUUCCUGAUAUCAGAAUAGUGAGAAUCUAGUAAAUAUGAUAAACCACGCUUCUUACAUUCCCAAAUAUUUUAAGUGUAGAAUUGUAAUACAUUAUAAAUAGGUUGUAUAGAAAACCCAGAUCUGACCCCCUCCCUUCACCUGUUCUACAACAACUUGCAUGAAUUGCAAAUAUAACAUUCAAAAAGACCAUAACAUUCAAAAAGGCCAUAACAACAGUGGAUUUGAAGAUAAACUAACCUUCCUUCAAAUUUGAGUGCAUAAAUGAUUGCUAAUAAAAUCUCAUAUUGAUCAACAAUUAAGCAUUGCUAAUAACCCCCCAUGCUCCCCAUCGACACACCCCAUCACUGAAAACCAGAAAUAGAAAACAUCCUAUCAUAACUUUACAUAGUUAUACCAAAACAUGAUUUGCCAUCUGUAAAAUGAGCGAGGAUUGAUGAAUCAUUGUAAUUCAAUUGUAACUGAGGAAGCCUAACUGCGUGUUAAGCCUACUAUUCACCAUUUGAAGUAGUAAGUUUUGAACUAAAUUUGUUCUGAAAUACUGGGUACUGUUUGAAUGUAUUAAGAAGGAUACUGUCAUGUACGUGGGCUAUUGGCCCAGCCGAGACAGUUGGGAGAGUGUGGAAGUGAAAGGUUUAAUGACACCAGACCCCUGGUUACUUAUGGUUAGUCCCAGCAACCACUAAAUUAACUCCUGCAAUCCCUUCUACAUGAACACCCUAGUACACACUUUACUGCCACCACCAAGACUUUUAUAUACGGGCGUCUUCGGUUACCCCACACACAGUAGAAUUAUAGUAUCACAACCUUACUUUACUGAUCAGACAUAUAUGAUUAACCCUUUUGGUAAGGUGUCUACCUGAACUUUCCUCAGAAGAGUGAGCUCAUAGAGCACAAAGACAUAAGCUGAUUAAGUAAACAUUUAAUCUGACAAAAAAGAUUCACAGUGCUGGGUACAAAAAUACAGAAAUAAAUGACACACAGAAAUACAGAUAAAUUGCAAAACAGUCCAUAAAAUAAAAUGGGAGAAAACACAAGAGAUCCUUACAUAUAUUUACCCCUUAUAUAUAAUUCUUGUGGGAAGAUUCAGAUGUUACAGGUUCCCAAGUAGUUGUUGAAAAAAGAAAAACUCUCACUGGAUAGUCCAACAUCCUCAGUAUAUACCUUAAACCACUUGUUUCUAAGUGGGCAGACCCCUGGGUGGAUCAGAGGGGCCUGGCAGUUUAUUGACCACUCCAUAUUUUCUUAAAUUAUGUUGUCCUUUGAAGAACCCAAAGUCAGAGCAUAUGCACCAAUACCUUUUACAAUGCCCUAUGUCCAGCUCUGGUGAUGGUUAUCUAGUAGGUUUAUGACUUAGGCCUGGUGUAAGGUCAAAGCCUACAUUAAAUGUUAUCUUAACAUGUCCAAUAACCACUCAAAGCCUACAAUAAAUGUUAUCCCAACGUUUAUAAAAACAACUCUUGGCAUAUAGAAAAUGCCAACUCGUGCUUUGACAUGAAAGAUGACAUUCCCUGCUGUAACCAAACAAGGUCGAAUUCGGACCAAACGAUGGUCGAAUGCUAUUCAACUUUCCGAAUGUCAUUUCUUUGUAAUUGAGUUUGUCUUUUAUGGCUGCUUUGUACAUAAUACGAAGUCUAUCAGGAGGGACUUCUGCACUUGUAGGUUUACUUUACCCAUACUCUUUAUUUCAUUCUGUAUCACAUACAAAUUAAUAGGGCGUUACUACCAUCUACUGGCCAUUUUGGGGUGAUACAACACAUACUAAAACCACUUAAAUAUAUGAUACAUAGUUAUCAUUUUAGUUGCUAUUACUGAGACAUUUUAUAUUGUUUUUUUCUUUGUUUUAUUUCAUUUUUUACAGUAUUUACUUGCUGACUGUGUCACCUACUGGUUCUCAUACAAAGAAUGUGAUAUAAAGUUGAUAUGAUAACUCAGAAGCAUAUUCUUCUGCUUUAUCAGACCAACUCAAGGACUACAGGUGCCAGACAACUAGGUGUGUGUCAAACUGUUCGUAAACAGCAUACCAGGUCAACAGAUGCUGCUUUGAGACAACUAGCACCAUGAUUGCUACAGAGCACUGUAGUGGCUUUGUUGCUUAGGAUAUCAAUUAAACAGUAGACCUCUACUUUAAAGACCCCAACUGCACCUAGACCCUUGAAACUCCAUGCAGGUAAGCUGAACAUAACCAACAUUUUGAGAAUGUUUUCCUCAUGAAGGUGCCCGUACAUUAUUGAUUGUCAUAUAAUCCCAUAAUAUAUAUUUGAUCUGCAUCCAGGGCAGAUGUCUGCUCCAUUUACCAGAAGCACAGUGGAGGCUAGUGUCUUCUAUACUUGUAGCCAAUGCAUACUUCAUUCAAAGAAGCUUCAAAAGCACUUGGAGUUUAAUGCAGCUCAGUUUUUUUCUUACCCUAGUAAUGGCCACCACGCCAUGGUGUGAUUUACUACUCUGGAUUUGUCAAGCCCUGGUGUAACCUAAAAUUAAAGGGACAUUAGUCACCAGAACAACUACAGCUUGAUGUAGUUGUUCUGGUGUGAAGUCAGUCCCUCUAGGCAUUUUAAUGUAAACAGUCUUUUUAAAGAAAAGGCAGUUUUUACAUUGGUGCCUAGGUACACAUAGUGGCCACUCCUGUGACAGCAACUGGAGGUGGUCCUGCAGCAGUACUGACGUUCAGCGUCUCCACACUUUGCGUGGAGACACAUAACUUUCUUCAUAACAAUGCAUUGGUUCAGUGAAUCUCUGAGGAGAUGCUGAUUGACCAGCGGGGCAUUUGGCCCCACCACUGGCCCUCCUCCUUGGGAAUCUCAGCCAAUUCAAUGCUUUCCUAUAGGAAAGCAUUGUGAUUUGUUGAGAUCAUCAAUUCUAAUGAUAGCCAAGGAGGUGGAUCUGAGGCGGAGCCAAAUGCCGGUGCUAUAAAUAAGAUGAGAUUUCACCCUAUUUAACCCCUUAAGCACACAUGGCAUAUGUGACAUGUCAUGAUUCCCUUUUAUUCCAAAAGUUUGGUCCUUAAGGGGUUAAGGGAGGCAGCGGGCUAGAUAGUGAUUUUAGCACUAUAGGGUCAGGAAUACAUGUUUGUGUUCCUACCCCUAUAGUGCACCUUUAAAUUAAAUUACUUUGACUUGUUUUGCAAUAAAGUAUCAUUAUUAUUUGAGUCUAGCUAUAUUGUUCUUUUAAAAGACUUAUUAUGAUGCCCUUGAAAAAGGUGGUUUGUCCGCCGAAACGCGCGUUGGGCAAUUGUUUGAUGCAGACAUCUAUGCAGAACUUUACUAUACACAGCUGUAUGUACGUUUGCUGUACCCAGAGUAAUUCAAACGACCGGCCGGUCAUUGAUAUUAUUGGGGCAUUUGUAUUUACAUUCUGGAGACUAUACAGUGGAGGGUUUAUACCCUGUCUAUCUCCCACUUUCUAUAUCAUUUUUCUAUACUACUCAUCUUACUAUCCUUUUGAUUUCUUGACAUUACUAAUAGGAUUGUUACCUAUUUCUGAGUAUAUAGAAGGAAGUGAGGGUUUUUUCUUUAUAUUUAUUUCUAUUUAUAGAAAGUGAAUUACAUUAGUGCCUCCUGUUUAGAGAUACAUAGGGUUACAGCUCAGUACUAUUUUGGCUUCCUUUUUAGCUGCUGCUGCUUUUGAGGUUUUUUUUUACAGAGGUUGCUACAUUGUUUACACUGAUUGUGUCUUGUAACUAUCUAAUUUGUAUCUGUUAUACUCAGCAUGUUAUAGACAUGCUCAGCAGCUGUUUGUAGCCGUUAUCAGUCUGCAUUUCUCUUUUUAUUCUAUUUUUCUUUUUUGUGGUUUGGGGUAUAAAUAUUUAGUGAUGUACAAUAAAGGUUAUUAUUAGAUAUAUGUAUUUUAAUAUUUAAUUUUUUCACACAUAUUUUUCUGCUUGGGGGUAGCUCUAGUAGAGGAUUUUCUUCUUUUCUCUUUUAGGGAGUUUUUCCUCUUACUACUGUUCAUUUUUGGCAAUUUUGUAUGUAGGGUCAAGCCCGUCUUGCUACCCCUUUAGCCCCUCUUUUUGUACUCCUGGUCAGAGUUUAUGAAUCUUUCUGUACUCUGCUCGGUAGUACGUUAUAUUGAUCCCUAUAGUGCACCUUUAAAUUAAAUUACUUUGACUUGUUUUGCAAUAAAGUAUCAUUAUUAUUUGAUUCUAGCUAUAUUGUCCUUUUAAAAGACUUUGGUUGCUUUAUCUUUUCCAUCAAAGGCGUCACGAGCUCAAAUACUGGACAAAGCCACAGAAUACAUCCAGUACAUGAGGAGGAAAAAUCACACACACCAGCAAGAUAUUGACGAUCUAAAGAGACAGAAUGCUUUAUUAGAACAACAAGGUAAAACCUAAUGCAAUUGUUCUUUUAUCAACUAUUGUUACUUGUACUUGGCUUCUAUACAUUUUGCAGUUUAAUUUGGAGAAAACGGCCAGUCAUGUGACUAGUAACACAAGAGGAAACUGCUAACUUUCCAGAGGGUGUACAAAUUUCGACUUUGGCUGAAAGCCAGUAGAAUAUGUCCAAGAAACAAAUUAUCUCAAAUAAAUGAUAAAGCUCUCAAAAGGAGUGAUCCUUUAUUGGGUGUCCCAUCAGGAGUUUCUCUAGACCCUGGCCUUUAUAUAACUCCAGUCAUGUAAUUAAUAGCUACUAUUAACCUAAGCACUAUUGUUUUUGGACUUUGUUUUUCUCCCUCUAACUAUGACAGUUCAUUUGAAAGAUGACUUCAGUUUAGGAAGGCCAGGAAGACUUGUAGACAUUGUCCUCACUGCCCUACCUACAUGACCAUUAUACUUUAUAUCUUCGAACACGAAGCUGUUCCUGCUUCUUCAUUACAGCUAUGGUGACUCUUGCCAAGCCUAUUUGUUUGUUUGUCAGAAUUGUAAUUUUGCAGUAGGGUUUUCGUUUGUUUGAUUUAUUUAUUUUUGUCCUGUAUAUGAAUGUGAGUUCUAUGAUAAAGAGCAUCAUAAUUCAUAUCGUAGUGGUGAGUUACUAUCAUGUAAAGAACCAAAACACAUCAUUAAUAAUACGCUAUCUAUCUCUAAAAUGUUUUUUUUGUUUUUUUUAUUGCUUCUAGCAAGCAGCUCACCUUUUAUGUAAGCUUGGAUAUGUUAUAUCUGCUUAGAUAUUGAUUUGUGGCCAAUCUAUUAUUUCCUUUAAACUUCUUCAGGUGGCUCCUCUAAAUUCUGUUGACUGUAAAAUGCCACUGUUUAUUAAUCUUUUCUCUAGCAUAGUCCUGCCUCCUAAUUGAUCAAAUUGAAAGUGUGCAAAGAAAGACAUAUAUAUAUAUAUAUAUAUAUAUAUAUAUAUAUAUUAAUAUAAUAAAAAAAAAUUAAACUAGUCCUUGAAGAAAUGUGUUGUGUGAAAAAGUGAUGGACUAUAUGAUUUUGGAUAUAUGAUCAGGACACAACCCAGUGUAGUGGGGGUUUACAGAUAUUUUUUUCAUUUGGCCAUGAUGAUGUUAACCCGUUAACACCAUUAGGAUGUUCCAAGCCACCCUACACAAAGCGGUCUUAAGCAUUGUUAGGACAGCAUGGUACGACCUAACUGUUUGCAGCCCCUCUACGGCCGUGAUCCGCACUGAUCUUGGUAGGGAGGACUGCAUGACAAGCCAGGCAGUCCCUCUGCUUCCAGACCAGCCCUCGCAGGCCAUGUGAUCGUGAUGUAAGUUUGAAAAUGUCAAACUGAAUAGUUGUUUUUUGUUUAUAUGUGAAGCAAUAAAAGCUAUGUUUUACUUUUUAUGUCAUGGGAGUGCUUUUUAUUUUAUUAAGGGACCUGCCUGUCAACCCGGGCAAAAAGUCCAGAGAAUUUAAUUUGCAUGCCCUAUAUUUGACCAUGUAACAUUCAAAAACCCCAUAAACCUGUACAUGGGGUGGUACUGUUGUACUCCUGAGGCAUUAAAAGGUUUAAUAUGUAAAUAUUUGAUGUGAAAUGAAAGCCCUGUUUCUGCUGAACAAAAUGACAUGUAAUAAGUGUGUGUGCACUUAAUAUGAAAGCGGUAAAUUAUGGUUGAACAGAUAUAUAGCUCAAAUUCUAGGGUUUUACAUUUUGUUUUGUUCAGUGAACAUGUACAGUUGUCUCUGUCCUUUAGGUGUUAUGGGUUGAUGCAUACACGUAGCAUAAUCCUCCAAAGAGCUUAGUGACCAGACCGUUUUUCAAUUUUUUUUUUACCGUUAAGAACCAGGGCACUUUUUAAAUGUCUGCGGUGUUUGUGUUUUAGCUGUAAUUUUCCUCUUAUUUAUUUACUGUACCCAUACAUAUUAUAUACAGUUUUCCCCUUCAGAUUAGAGGCAGUGCUUUACCAAUGGGAUUUCUAAUCUGGAGGGAAAAACAGGCAGGCAAUUCUCCAAACUUUUUUAAAACCGUCCCCCUUCUUAAGCUCCUUCCUAUAAAUGUCAGCUUACCAAAAACAACCCCAGUUCUUUGCCUGCCUUCGGCAGAGGAGGUAUAGCAGGUUUUUCUCCAGGGAAGCAGGUGAGAAGGGCUUAGGCUCGGGAGGCUCUGCUUCCUUUUGUUUUGAAGCAAAAUUUUGUACGCCUGACGGGCGGGUUCUUCACAAAGUUUAUAAUGUUCCGUCUCUUCCGCGCCAGGUGCCGGUCAGACGAAGGACGCAGGCGUGCGUCAGCUGGGAGGUCCUGGCGGUGGAACGCACGUACAGGUUACGUUGUGUUCCACCGGGAAUUCGCGGAGCGCAAUGCGAUCCAAGAUUCAGGCGCCAAAUCUGAACUCAGCAUUUUUCGUUCAGUUGGUUUACAGGACUGAAAAGGAGCAACUUACCAGCAGCAACCUCGGUUUGCCAGGAGCUCUCAGAUCUGUUGCGAGUGUGUUUCUCACCUGCCCUCCAACACACUGUGAGACCAUUUAAGGUAAGACAUUUAGCUUUUAUUUUAAAUGGCUCUAGUCUGAAUCAUAAAGGGAAUUAAAAAAAUGUUUCCCUUUCUCUUAUCUUUCCUCAGUAUGUCCAAUCCUGAGAUUACAUUACAGAGAAAUCGACAGAGAAGGGGAAAUGUUCAGCAAAAUCCAAGCAUUUAAGUUGCUCUGUAUGUUUCCAACCUAUGCCAGAUGGAUUUAAAAGGAAACUUUGUUCUCUAUGUUCCAAAGAGGCUUCGGAGGAAGCUAAAAAAACAGAAAUGUCCACAUUUUUAAGCUGGUUACAACAGAGUAUGCAGUCGGCUCAGGCAUCUGUUGCUCAGGAUUUACAGGUAGUAAAACAAUCCAAGAAAAGGUCGAGAUCAUGGGAAGAUUAAGAUGCAAGCUCGGGUACUUGUGCUUCUGAUUCUAGAGAUGAUUCUUCUGAGGAGGGAUUUGCCUUUCAGAGGAAGCCAUUGGAAAGUUAAUAAAGGAAGUGCAGAACCUUAUGGAGGAUGGGAUAGCAGGAAAAAGAUCUAAAGUUUUCCCAUUACAUCCACAGCUAGAGGAGAUGGUUUUAAGAGAAUGGAAAUUCCCAGGUCAUAAACCAUUUAUAUCAAAACACUUUAAAACUCUUUUCUCCAUAGAAGUGGACCAGGACUGCCUGCUGGAUACAGUUCCUGUAGUAGAUGUUCCUAUAGCUCAAACAGGAAAGAAAACUGCGUUACCUAUAGGUGACUCGAGUGGUUUAAGGAAUGUGAUGGAAAACCGUAUAGACUCGUCUUUAAAGAAAAUGUUUGUUUCCUCAGCGGCUCAGGCUAAAGCCCAAAAACAUUGGCUAGAAGAUGCCAAGAUGUCUGCAGAUUUUUUGGUAGAUUCUUCUUCAGAAAGUCUGAAAUUAUCUGCCUAGAAUUUGGGUCUAACAACAGUAUCUAGGAGAGCACUUUGGCUUAGAAACUGGUCAGCUGACGCUGCAUCUAAAAAUUCUUUGUGUGACUUACCCUUUGAGUCUGGUAGACUGUUCGGGUCAAAACUGGAUGAUCUGUUAAAACAAAUGAAUGAAGGAAGGCAGGAAGGCCUUGCCUGAAACCCACAAGAAGCAGGUUUGGAACAAAAAAAUGGGGAUCCAGCCCUCAGUUAGAAGUUCCUUUUGUAGGAACUAUUACAGGGGUCAACAGAGGAAAGUUUUUUUCGAUUACAGAAAGAAAGAAAGAUUCACGGACAAGAGAAAUAGAAUGUUGUGAUGCCAGGCCAGUGGGAGGAAGAUUGACCCACUUCCUAAAUCACUGGGAAAGUACUACAUCAGAUCUCUGGGUUCUUUCUGUAAUAAAGAGCGGGUACGGUCUGGAACUGGCAAAUACCCCAAAGAGAACUUAUUUAUGUUCCAGGGUUCAUUCUCAGGCAACAGAGAAAGCUUUAAUGCAAGAAGUAUGAAGACUCCUGCAGAAGAAAGUAAUAGAAGAAGUACCCCUAAGAGAAAGACAUCAGGGCACUUAUUCAAGGCUAAUUUUAGUUCCAAAGCCACAUGGUUCAUUCAGACCCAUACUAGACCUAAAGGCCGUAAACAAGUGUAUUAUAAAAAAGAAGUUCCGUAUGGAAUCAAUAAAAUCAGCAACACUUCUUAUUCAACCAGGGAAUUGGUUUGCGUCCCUGGAUUUAAAAGACGCUUAUCUUCACGUGCCCAUAGCAGAAUCCAGCAAAAGGUUCUUAAGAUUUGCAAUCUGCAUCCAGACGGUAACAUAGAAACAUAGACUGUGACGGCAGAUAAGAACCAUUCGGCCCAUCUAGUCUGCCCAAUUUUCUAAAAACUUUCAUUAGUCCCUAGCCUUAUCUUAUAGUUAGGAUAGCCUUAUGCCUAUCCCAUGAUAACCAGGCAUUACCAAUUCAAAGCCCUUCCAUUCGGCCUUUCAUCUGCUCCAAGGGUGUUCACAAAGCUGCUAGUAGUCAUCUCCGCAUACCUAAGAGGUUUGGGUAUCUAUGUCAUCCCUUAUUUGGACGACUGGCUUUUGAUUGCGGAAUCAAAAGAACAACUAGCUUUAGACCCAAUUACAGCUUUACAAGCUCUAGAAAAUCAUGGUUGGCUAAUACAUUUUUAAAAAUCAGAAUUAGUUCCUGUUCAAAGGAUUCCGUUUUUAGGUCGAUUCAAAGAAUUAAUCUCCAUGAAGAUUUUCCUUCCAGAAAGGAAGAAACUAAAGAUAACUCAAACAAUUCAGAGGCUCAGAGAAAAAGGUGUUUUCUCAGUCAGAGAAGCGAUGAGUUUACUGGGUCUUUUUACGGCCGCUAUCCCUGCAGUCGGUUGGGCAAAAGCCAGAAUGAGACCUCUUCAGAGAAACAUUUUAAAAGUUUGGAACAGACAGACAGGCCUGCAUGGUCUGAUGAAAUUCAACAGUCAGACGCUGAGGAGUCUUCCGUGGUGGACCUCAUCUCGAUUCCUUCAGAAUUUGAACAGAUGCCUCGGCAUUAGGCUGGGGGGCCCAGUUAGGAGACCAAAAGAAGCAGGGGCUUUGGCAAGAAAAGGAUUUAAGAAGUUCCUCGAACUUCAAAGAAUUGAAGGCAGUAUGGAUGGCUCUCCUUGCAUUUCAGUUCCAGAUAAAUAAUCGGCAUAUUCAGAUAUGUUCAGACAAUCGAACGACAGUUACAUUUGUGAACAAACAAGGCAGUACAAGAUCGUCAAAAAUAGAAAAUCUAUGUUCAAAGAUCAUGCUAUGGUCAGAAGUUCACCUACUCUCAGUCUCGGCAGUUCACAUUAUGGGAAAAUUCAACGUAUUAGCAGACACCCUGAGUCGUCAACACUUAAAGCAAACAGAUUGGUCCCUUUCGUGCAAAGUUUUCAAGCAAAUAUCAGACCUCUUUGGUUGUCCAGAAAUAGACCUCAUGGCCUCCAGGAAUCCUGCAGGCAAACCAGAUAUCAUAGAUGCUCUUUCAGUACCAUGGAAGUUCAACCUAGCAUAUGUGUUCCCACCGGUAGUUCUUAUUCACAGAGUGCUUCAAAAGAUCAAGUUGGUAAGAGUAAGGAUUAUCAUAAUCCUCCCUUGGUGGCCAAGAAGAAUUUGGUUUUCAGUUCUUCUAAACAUACCAGGGGCCACCUUUUGGAAGCUUCCCCUAUCAGAAGAAAUACUGGAACAUUCCAUGGUACCUCUUCCAACCCUACAGAGAUUCCAAUUGACGGCUUGGUGUCUGAAUUCCAAAUUUUAAAGAGUAACGGUCUAGAAAACGCGUCUUUGAAGAUUUUAUCAUUAAAAACCGUAUUUUUGGUGACAAUUACAUCAGCCAAGAGAGUAGGUGAACUCCAAGCUCUACGGGCGAAUUUUCCUUUUUUGUUUUUUCUUCAAGACAAGGUAGUUUUAAAGCUUGAUCCGUCUUUUAUUCCUAAGGUUUUGACCUCAUCUAACAUCAAUCAAGAAGUGGUAUUGCCUACUUUUUGCCAAAAUCCAUCCAAUGCCUUGGAAAGACAAUUUCACUGCCUAGAUGUGAAGAGAUGUCUUAUGCAAUAUCUAAAAUCUAGUCUUUCAGGAAGGAUAACAGCCUGUUUGUCUUAAUUAACGGCGCAAGGAAAGGUAUGAAGGCUUCAAAAAGUUCUCUGGCUAGAUGGAUGAAGGAUUGUAUUCAUUUAGCUUAUUCCACAAGUAACGCGGAAAUCACAGGCUCCGUAAAGGCCCAUUCUACUAGAGCUAUAUCUACGUCCUGGGCUCUGCGAGCUGCGGCUACGCCUUCCCAGAUUUGUUCAGCGGCCACAUGGUCAUCACUUCAUACAUUCUCAAGACAUUACAGGUUAGACAUACUGGCCUCAGAAGAUGCAGCUUUUGGGCGCAAGGUGAUACAAGCAGUGGUGAAAUGAAUCCCACCCUAAGUUAUUGCUUUUUUAUAUCCCAUUGGUAAAGCACUGCCACUAAUCUGAAGGGAAAAACUAAAUUUUUUUACUUACCGUAAAUUUCUUUUUCCUGAAGAUUAGAGGCAAUGCUAUAAUUCAACCCCCCCCCCUUUUUUUUUUUUUCUAAUAAUUUCGGAAUUGUGCAUGUAACCGGCUUGUGUAUUUUCUGGGGUUGUUUUUGGUAUCUGACAUUUAUAGGAAGGUGCUUAAUAAGGGGGAGGGUUUUAAAAAAAGUUUGGAGAAUUGCCUGCCUGUUUUUUUCCCCUCCAGAUUAGAAAUCUCAUUGGUAAAGCACUGCCUCUAAUCUUCAGGAAAAAUAAAUUUACGGUAAGUAAAAAAAAAUUUUUUUCUCGCCAUUAGACACCCCAAUUUGUGUUGAGCAACAUCUCAGGAGUACAGGGAUACCACCCAUGUAUAGGUGUGUUGGAUUCUCUGGGGGUUAAAAGACCUUAUUUAGAGGGUGCGCAUUCCAGUUUUCCAACUUGUAAUUUUCACAACUUGUCAUCAUGCACCCAUGUCCUAUUUGAGACAUUUUUAAAGCCAGCCAAUGUAAUUUGCCCCCAUCAAACCAUAUAUUUUUUGAAAAGUAAACACCUUAGGGUAUUUCAAAUGGUGGUAUUUUAACACUUUCAAUGCACUAAGUCUACCACCAGCCCUUGUCAAACUUUUGGGUAGUUAUGUUUUUGUUAUUUUUCUCUCACAUUGUACUUUAGGCAUGGAUUCUCAGUUCCUGUUAUAUGUUACUGACAAAGAACACCCCAAUAUGUGUUCAGCAACAUCUCCCGAGUACAACAAUGCCCCCAAUGUACAGGUUUUAUGGGUUUUUGCAAACUUACAGGGGUCAAAUGUAGGGCUUUCCCAUGUUUGCACAUUGAAAUUUGCCAGAUUGGUUUGCUGGGUCUGUGUUGCCUUUUAAGACCAUAUGGUAUCCUAGGAAUGUGAAAUAACCCCAUCAUGGCAUACCAUUUUCAAAUGUUGACAACACAGGGUAUUCAAAAUAGGGUAUGUCCAGUCUUUUGUAGUAGCCACUUAGUCACAAAUGCUAGCCAAAAUUAGUGUUUUUAUUUGUUUUUUUUAUAAAUGUUUAUAUAUGUAUGUUUAAGGCCGAUGGCCUGUAUUUGUGGGAGGAGUUAGCGUUCCUACAUAAACGCUACUCCCCCUUCCUACCUUACCGUAAACCCCGAACAUAGACAUGUGCACCAGAGCAAGACGUGCCCCCGCUUUAUGCCUGGUCGUAAGUACGAGCCGUCGUAAAACAGGUAGGUCGCUAAAUGAGGACCACCUGUAUAUGUAUAAUAUAUUUAUUUGAUUAUAAUUAUUUUUACUUUUUAGCAGCCUGGGGGACUGCCUGACAGCUCAGACAGUCCCCCUACUAGCUGCACUUUGGACAGAUGGCCCCUGGGGGUCCUAAAUUGCAGAGGGGGGGACUGUCAACAAAGUCCCCCUCAGAAGCAGACCGAUCGCCAGCGGAGUAACGGCGGCGAUCAGUAAGUACAUGGGGCGGGGGAGGGAGGGGUAGCAGUUAAUUUUUAUUUUUUAAUUACAUUUUUAAUUUUUUCAACUUUUUUUUUUUUUUUUUAAACUGAGUGCCCCCACUCAGUACAGGCAGAGCAUCGGAAGCCUGCCUGAAGGCUUCCGAUGCUCUUGCCUAAACUGCCGGGCGCAACGUGCAAGAACCCAGAAGUGAUCGCUCCAGGGGGAGCGCUCACUCGGGUGCCUGGCAGUGUGGGGGGGUAUUCCACGAUGCCUCGAUAUUGAGUAAUACCCUUAGAGCGUCUGGAAGCGCCAGAUGAGGUAUGUCUUUAAGGACUGUUUUUUUUUUUUUGUCAGAUGUACCUCAUAAGUCCGCGGUCCUUAAGGGGUUAAUGCUAACAAAAGGGUUCACAGAUAUUGUUGUUUCACUCUAAGAGCAGUGUUGUGUUUUGCACCUAUUUAUUAGAAAAUCAUAAUAUAACUGAAUAGUGUUCGGUGUAGUGUUUUUUUGUUUUUUUUGCGAGGGGAGUUUGGAGUUUGAGCGCAGUGCUUAAUUUUAUGUAUUUGUAUUUACUUUUGUAUACAAAGCCAUGUUACAGUGCUGACACCCACCCCAAGUGUUCCCUAUUAAGGGUUAAUAAUGGUUUUGAAAAAAUAUCCUUCUCUGUCUCAUUAGAGAUUUUACCUUUUAGCUGAAAACAGCAAUGUGAAUUAUUAGUGUAGGACUCUUCUAAGAGGGCUUGCCUUGAUGUGGCAGGUGAGCUUACACUUAAAUGGCCAUUGGAGUUAUACUAAAAAUCUCCAGUUAUUUAAAUGUGCAUAGGUAUUUCGGUUAGUGGGCAAGUAACUUUUUAAAAUUAUUUUUUUUAUUUUGCUAUGGUGGCAAAGAGGAGGUUACUAAGGAAUGUGCACAUUAUUAUUAAAUUAAGCAGAACUGUGUUUACGCUCACAAGUUUUAGCUUACGUUUGCUAUUACAGAGGUAACCUAAACAGAUUGUUCCUAACCCAAUCCACUACCAAAAUACAGUGCACAUAAAAAUCUGCAAUCUUAGGUGAUUUUGUUUUUCUUGGACUUUGUUAGUGAGGGACUCCAGAUACUCCUCCAUGCCAAAGGAGGGAGGGGUCCUUGCCGCAAGUGACUUGCAUGAGACCUAAGUGGGACUAUCUGGAUGGCAAGGUGUACAUAUUUUUCAAGGUAUUUACAUCUGUUCUCAAUGUUCUCAUAUUUUCUGUAGGGAAUAUGGUGACUACAUAACAAAGUUAUAUAUGCUUCAAAUUUACCUUUCUAUUGUUCUCCAUGUGUGUAAAGCUUUGCAAAAGGUCUUUCUGGUAUGCUUAUGGGCAUUGGUAAUAUGUUUGUUUCAUAGCUUGAUAAUCUUAUCCUGAUUUUCCUCCUUUUCACAGUUCGCGCACUGGAGAAAGCAAGAUCUAGCUCUCAGCUGCAGACCAACUACUCUUCUUCUGACAGCAGCCUCUACACCAAUCCCAAGGGCAGCACCAUUUCAGCCUUUGAUGGUGGUUCUGACUCCAGUUCUGAAUCAGAACCUGAAGAACCACAAAGCAGAAAGAAAAUACGGAUGGAAGCAAGCUAAGCUGAACCCAGCAAUAAUUGAACAGCCUCUACGAGCUUAAGAUCUUCAACCUUGUCAUAGUUUAUAAUUAGGCCCUAUCCAUCAGAUUAAGGACUUCUUUUUAUUAGUUUACAAUUCCAUUAGGCUCUUGGACUGAAUAAUUAUAAUUUUUUAAUUUUUUUUUUUUUUUUUUAUCCCCUUCUUUUUCCCCCCUUCUGUUAUUUAAAUUUUAAGGCAACGUCUGUAUCUCAUAUCAAUAGAAGUACAAAAAAGGAAAAAAACAACAACUUUGUGUGUUGAGUUGCAUGUAUUUUCCCAAUACGCCUUGCCUACAGUAUGGCAACUGUAUGGUAGGUGUCCACAGAGCGAAUGAAUGAAGCAGGCAUUGGAGCCUGUAAAUCAAAGUCAUGCAACUGCACUCAUUUAAUUAUUUUUGUUUUGUUUUUGUGAUACAACAAGUUCAAAAUCAAUUUGGAUAUUUUUACUAAGAAACAUAUGUGUGCCACAAGAGAUUUUAAAUAGGUACAUAUUUGGUGCUUUACUUUGGUAUGAUCUUCUGGGCUCAAAUUUGCAUUCAAUAAUGAAUUUCACAGCAUUUUUAUCUUUAAAUUCUUUGUUUAUAUAUUUACAUUUUGUAUGUGUAUCUGUUUAUGUGAAAUUGAAAAUAACUCAUGGGGAUAAUGACUUUAAGUCAAUUGUAGAGUGUUGAUAAAUUCCACUUUUCUUAAAACAGGUUGACCCGGUGGCCUUUUUUGUUGUUGUUUCUCCUCCCCCCAUCAUCCCACAGACACACCUUUCAAUAAUGCCAAGAUGCGAGAACUACAUCUUCCUUAAAUCAGUUUGUAAAGGACUGAUAUUGAAAACUGUUACUAUUAUUCUACUACUGACCAAGAGAAACCUGCAAUUUGACCAGUUGUUUAAGCAGAUAUUUCCUUUCUUGUAUGUAUUUGCCAAAUGAAUACCAGCAGUUCACACUUCAUAUUAGGGAUGUACUUGUUUUAUUGUUGGUGCUCCCCAGUUAUUUGUUUUCCUGUUGUAAAAAAAUAUAUAUAUAUAUGAUAAGCAGAUAAUCGUGGUGGCUCUUAUAUUUUUGUUUUAAUUAUUUUAUAUUUGUCGGAUUUUUAUUUUGUUUUUUUAAAAAUUUUAAGGUUUUUUUUUUUUUGGCAGUUAUGACUAACCAAUGAUAGUAUUUAGAGGUGUGCUUCUUUUGUUUCUCUCCCACUAAAUCUAUCUUCUGGAGAAAAUAAGGAAACAAAUUUUCCAAACAUAUCCUGCAAAUACUUUCUAGAAGUGUUAGGGCAACUAAACAUUGGAUAUUUACAUUGUGUUUUAUAGGAAGCAGAUAUAACUACACUGAAUACAAAUAAUGUGUUAACAUAACCGUUUUAUUUCUAGAAGAUCUUAAUGUUGGGUAGAAAUGAUUUACAGCCUUUUAUAGCUUAAACAAAAAUGAAGUAUGUGAUGAUGCAUUUUUUUUUUUUUCUCCUUCAUUUUUCAUUUUCCAAGAUUAAAAGAUUGGCAACUCACUUGAGUUCACUUGGAUUGUGUAAAAUGGGCAUGUUAGCAUAUGAUAUGAGUUCUUGGUUUAUACAAUGCAUCUCUUCACCAGAAUUUUAAUUUUACUUGUCAAAAAUCCAUUUGCCUAGCAAAUAAUCCAUUCUAUUUAUUCUCAUUUGUACACCAUGAAAUGUUGCUAUGUACAUAAGCCCAAUGGUCAUAUCAAAGUUAACACUCACCUUUACUAUAAAACUAUAAAUAAAGACUUAUUUUAUCCUUGUUUUCUUUAUUGCUAUCUUCCAGUAUCCUAU